GUACGAAUAAAUGUCAGACACCCAUCGUCCAGUCUGAGUUGUUCUGAUGAAGUGAAAGUUUACCCUUCCACAUUGUAAAGUCAGAACCCAUUGGGUACAAACUGUAUUAAUUAGCCGAGAGUUUUCAGCUCUUGGCUUCUUUUUAUAUGGAGAUCUUUAUAAGAAAAUAUUAAACUUCGGGUUUGCAUUGGACAAACUGAAGACUGCAGACUUUCUGCAUUUUACAAAGUAAUGCCCUAUAAUUUUUGCGAUUUUAAAAAUAAUAGUAGUAAUUUAAAAAUCCUCACGGAAUAACCAGCUGUGAUUUAUCUGCAGUCCCUCGAAGUCAAAAGCAUUCAGAAAUGGAUUAUUAAAUGAAGGUGUGGGUGGGGGGUGGGGUAUUAUAUAGCUUUUAAGAACAUGCAGAGAAUCUGACCCAAGGUGCCAUAGUAUAAACAUGUCACUGUGUGUUUAUGGCUGUCUCAGAGCGAGAGAACCGGUCAGGCGUGUGCACACAGUGUCCCGACAGACUUUCCUGUAUUACAAUGCCGUAUAGCCUGAGGUCAGCAUUUGUUGAUAAUCUACAGAAGAGAACAUGUCACUUGUGUACUCAUGAUGAGCUAAGCUAAGAAGUGUUAGACGUGUAGCUUCGCUAGUAGCCGUCACUUGUACAUGUCACUUUUUGGGUUGAUCUCAAAUGACCCACGUGUUAUGGACUCGCUGGUGACUUUAAUAUUACUCUGGCCUUUAAAUCUCAGCUGUCAAUUUUUUGAGGAACAGACACUUGUAUAAAAAUAAGCAUGUUGCUUACUGAGACACACAUACCUGAACAAGGAGACAUGUCGUUGGUUUCGGUAAGGAACCUGUCCCUUGAAGACUGACCUUCAUGUCCCUGACAUAAAUACAACACAUUUCGCUGUAUGUAGUUGACGUUCUUUCGUCUCCUCUUCCAUAACAUGCCUUUUGUCUGUAAUAAGGGGUAAUUUUAUCAUGACUCUCUCCUCUGUCUGUGUGUCCAAUAACGGCAGCAGCCGUAAUUAAUUAGCUCGGCAGGCGGUAACCUUUAGACACACCACUGUCCGCAAAGGGAAAACUGCGCAGUGGGAGAACGCCAGUGACGGGAGAACAAACGAGAUCAAGUUUAGCAGGCCUGCUGGCAAUAAAUGUCACAUUUAUUAAAUAGAACCCUUAGAUUAGCGGGGUGAUAAACCUUUUGUGUGCCAGUAAAGGUUGCAGUGUCCUUUCUAUGGCUGUGCAUCAGGCACAUGGUCAUGUUGUGUCUGUAGUGCCUAGAUUUACCUUCUAAAUAAUGUAUAAUAGAAGCUUUUUAUUUGAUAAUACCCUAGAAUCCUUUAUUAAGCUUAUCCUGCUUAACACAAAUGCUGUAUUUUCUUUCCUGCUGUACUUUCUACAAUACACACGUGCAUUUAGCUUUGUUUACAUUUUAGAUGUGCAAAUAAUAACCUCAUAUUGUCUAUGGCAAUGUUACAGUAAUAGUCUGACUUAAAGGAACAUUAUAGUCCCCUAGACAACUUAAUUUCAAUGAAGUGGUCUGUGUGCAACUGUCCUGUAAAUUUUAAACAUGCAAUGUAAAACAUUGGAGUGUUUAUUUAUUUAUUUUUAAGGGUUAAAGGGAAACUCCAGUGCCAGGAAAACAAUCCGUUUUCCUGGCACUGCAGGUCCCCUCUCCCUCCCACCCACCAAUCCCCGGUUGCUGAAGGGAUGAAAAUGCUUUCAGUGCUUUCCUAUGGGGAAUUGAGCGACGCUGGAGGUCCUCACACAGCGUGAUGACGUCCAGCGAUGCUCUAGCACAGGUUUCCUGUGCUAGAAACCAGGAAGUGUCCUCUAGUGGCUGUCUAAUAGACAGCCACUAGAGGUGGAGUUAACCCUGCAAAAAAAAAAAAAACUGCAACAAUUACACUUGCAGGGUUAAGAGUAGUGGGAGUUGUCCCUUUAACACACUUUUGUUGGAUGUCUUCCCGAUAGCCAUUGGAGGCAUUUCCUCUUCCAGACUGAGUAAAACUUAGAAAACGUAGGUUUUCUUUAAAGACAUUACUCCAAGCACCAUGCUCACUUCAGUGAUUUAAAGUGGUCAUAGUGCCUUGAUUCUUCAUUCUUGGUAUUAUGGCUAUGAUGGUCGACUACACCUUAAAAAUGAAUGGACAAAGAAUCAAAAAUUGACUUUUUCAAAUGUUUUCAUAUAAUUUGAAAAUAAACCUAAUGAAUACAUGCGCUUAGUAAGUACCUCACAUCUCCUCCUGUUGUUUAUGAUUCAUUAUAUGAACCCGAUCAUGAGAUUAAAAACUUGACAUGUGCUUGUUGGAGUAAUGAAAGAACUAUGUCUAAUAUUGGCUCCUAGGACAGCAGCCAUACAAUUAGUCGCUGUCCUCUAGUUUUAUGUCACACGUUUUGUGACCAUGGCCUUCCCCUGCUUGGUAUAUUGCUAUUGAAGAAUUUACAUCACGCUUUCGCAAUAUCCAUUUUUUUUCCAUGGUUUGAUUCCAUUCAUUGGCUGAGCACCUCAGAUGACGGGAAGUUGAUUGGUCACAGCGCAGCAAUUGCUGCACAUGCACACUAGCCUCCCGAUGUUUUCCACGUGGAGAAGCAUUGGAUUGGCUGAGAUCAUCAUGAUUGAUAUCAGCCAGUGGACGCUGGACCACUGCGGCAAAACUGGCACUUAUGUUAGGAAUACAUAUUUGUAUUCCUAAUGCUACAGUGUUCUUUUAAUAUUCCUAAAUGUGGAAUUGCAAAUGCUGCAUAGCAAUAAGCAGUUGGGUCGUAUGCUGUGCCAACAUUGUGCACAAUUACCAGUGUUUAGACUUUUUUUCUUUGUUUGCCCUUUGUUUUUGGUUUUUAUCAGUUACAUAUUUAUUAUAUUGUUUUACAGUUAUUAUCCCUUUUCAUGCUUUUUUUUUUUUCUCUUUAUCUGUAAUUGUUUUGUAGUUGUGUACUUCACUGUUUUAUGGUUUUUCAAUUUUAGUUAAGUGAAACAAAAUACUAGAGGUCAAGUUAUUUAAAAAAACAAAAACAAACAACAAAUGUAUUUUUUAAAAAUACAAAACUUUGUGUUUGGCCUCUACUUUAAACUUGUUUUGUAUCAAAGUCUCCCUCUUUCGGCACAAGAUCCAAAACAGCUUCUCCAAAGUGGUGCAUUUUGGGAUUGUGCCCUAAAGCAAGGUUCUUGUUACAUCGAGAAAUAGCAGAUUACAAAUGCAAGGGCACGACUGCAGGAGUUCACUUAACUUCUAAGAACAAGCGAACUGCUUGAACCUUUACGCAGUUUUGGUUGAAAUUGGGAAUAAUUAUCAUAUCUGCUUUAAUGGGUUUGAACUUUUGAAUUCUGUGACCGGCUUUACAAAUUAUUUAUAGCAUUUUCAUGUUUUUCUAAAGAGCAAUUUAUGCAGAAAUAAAUCUGUGGCCCUUUCAAGAUGGAACUAUUUGAUUUAUACUUUGUGCUAGCAAAUGUGUGCUUGUAUAUAAAAAUGUCAUUUUGGAAACUAAAGUGGUCAUGUGACUUUUUAAGGGUCUGCGUUUUUUGGAAUGUCCAUUGCAUGGUGGUCUCUGGUGGGAUAGAUAUAUACUAACUUGAAGCUCUCUCUCCUGAGCCGACCACCUACCGCUCUUCUACUCAUAGCAAACCCUCCCCGUUCAUUUAAGUACUCCUGCUCAAGCCUAUAAAUCAGGUGCCAGUGGGAACAUCUCGGGAUAGCAUGGGAUCCAUCACAGAUCUUCAAUUUUAUAGAAAUUCCAUUAUCUGUUCAGCGUACAAGAAGAUGCCUUUCCUAUUGGCUAGUAACAGAGAAAAGGUUCUGGCACCCCAAUAGAUUCGGGCACAUUUAUUAGAAUCGAGAGAACACUGCAACGUUUCGACCUAGAAUUGGGUCUUUGUCAAACUCUACAAAGACCAAAUUCUUGGUGGAAAUGUUGCUUUAUUCCCUUGAUUCUAAUAAAUGUUCCUGUAGCUAUUGGCGUGCUUGGACCACUUCUCUGUUACUGGUAUUUAUUGCUGUUUGUGCUGGCCCAUGGUGUAGUCAAGCAACCUUUUGCUUAUGUCGAUGGAGUGUAGUUUCUAUUGGUUUAUUGCAACACUUUUUUUUUUUUCUAUUGGCACAGGUGGAGCAGUUCUGGAAUGCUAUGCAUACUCCCUAUAGUUCAUAUACUGCAGAUAUUGUUUUAAAUCCGCAUUCACUGGUGGUCUGUAGGCUGUAAGAUGAAAUAUCCUAUGCAUGAACUGAUAACUGUGGGAAUUGACAAUGGAAUGGCAAAUUGUAGCCAAAUUGGAAAGGGUCUCUAACUAUGCCCUUAUACAGGGUGGGCCAAAAUUCAGGGUUAGAUUUGAUGGGUACUUUUUAGUAGUUCAAUUUUUUUGUUGCAGGUACAUAUUAUAAUGGUCUUGGGAGAUUCAUCAUGGGUAAUUUUACAAAGAAACCAAUGCGUAAAAAUAGUGGAAUUUUAUUUUUAAAAUGGCAGGUCCAUUAUUUUGACGCAAAGAGCGUCCUGUAUUGGAAAAUCUUCCAUGUAUUUUCAUCAGGAUGGGGAUACUGCCCAUACAGCCAGAGUCUCAAUGAACGUCCUGAGACAACUGUUGGGGCAAGUGAAUAAUUCAAGAAAUUCCCAGAUUAAUCGUCCGCCAUGUUUGCCCUACUUUUUAGUUCUAUCCUGUGGGGAUAUCUGAAGGAGCGGUUGUAUGUGACAAAACUGCGUACACGUAGGCAGCUCAAGUAGAGUAUGCAUGGACAAAUUCGAACGCUGGAUUCUCAAACAUUAAAGGGCCACUAUAGUGCCAGGAAAACAUACACUUUUUUUUUUUUCAGGCACUAUAGUACCCUGAGGGUGCCCCCACCCUCAGGGUCCCCCUCCCACCGGGCUCUGGGGGGAGGAAGGGGUUAAACUUAACUCUUUCUCCAGUGCCGGGUCGGGUAGCUCUCCUCCUCCUCCUCUCCGCCUCUUCUCCUCGGCUGAAUGCGCAUGCGCGCAUUCAGCUAGUCUCAUAGGACAGCAUUCACAAUGCUUUCCUAUGGCCGCUGGCGUCUUCUCACUGUGAAAAUCACAGUGAGAAGCGCAGAAGCGCCUCCAGCGGCUGUCAAUGAAACAGCCACUAGAGGCUGGAUUAACCCUAAUAUAAACAUAGCAGUUUCUCUGAAACUGCUAUGUUUAUAGAAAAAAGGGUUAAUCCUGGCUGGACCUGGCACCUAGACCACUUCAUUAAGCUGAAGUGGUCUGGGUGCCUAUAGUGGUCCUUUAAAUAAUGUUAUGAACCAUGCAAUCGCAUGAGCUUGACUUUGCGAGGCGGCAAAUGAAGAUCAUUUAAAAGAUGUCAUCUUCUGUGCAUAGUCAAAAAAUCUCCAUAUGUUAAGCAUUCGUUGUAUGGCACAUCAUUGAAAUUGAUUCAUUAAUAAAAAAAAAGUUAUUGACCCCUCAAACACUAAUCUGAAUUUUGGCCCACCCUGUAUUUGCAACGCUUGUGUUUACCCUCUCAAUUUCCACUUCAGUGAGUGGAUCCUGCAGCAAAUUAUUUAUUUUAUUUUUUUAAACUCUGGCUGCAGGAAUAUAAGCUGAAUUCCAGCUUAAUGAUCCAAAGAAAUAAAACAUUUCGAGCACAGAAAUUAAACUUGUCAUUGUACGAGUGGGAAUUUUAUAAUUGACUUUUUUUCUUUCUGUACUUAUUGUCUCUGUCCAAUUAGUGUUUCUGUGUGACUGUUUGAAUAAAUCUGGUUGGCAAAGUGAUGAAUCCGUUCUGCAAUGAUAAGAGGGAGAGGUCUCUCUAGUGGUCAGAGAUUUGGUGCUAAAGCUCUGGUUGUACCUGGCUAGGUGGCAGGGUGAGUAGAAUAGUAGGGCUAAUAACCACAUGAUUGCACUUAAAGGAAGACUCCAUGUAUUAUAACAACAUUAUUAAAGUCAACUUGUUAUUGUGCCACAGGCGCUUUCUCAACCAAAAGAGUUAAAGCGUUAAUGAAUGGUUUAAUCCGAAAGUUUGCUCUCCAGUGCCGGAUCUCCCUGCCUCCUGCAGUUUAAGGAAGCCGAUUGUCUUAGAGCCAUCAGCUGAUGUUAUCAGCCAAUCAGUUUUUCAUUCAUAGAAAGGGUCCGUACUAAGCUAGUCAUCGGCACCCUUGACGGCACCACUCCUUGCUUCCUCAAACUGCUUUGGAGAAAACUGAUGCCACCGGGGACAGGGAGAUCUGGUGCUGGAAAGAUCUGGUUUAAUCCCACCUCUGGGCACCAUAACAACUUAAUAUCAAUUAAGUUAUGGUGCCUACAUGGUUCCUUAAAAUGCGUCAAGGAAUGUAUUCCAAUUCAGACCUGAAACUCUGAGGAGCUAUAAUUUUGAAAUCUGGAAAUGAGUCUGAAGGUUUUACUAGCCAAACGGAAUUUAAAUAAACAACCUAUUAAUUUUCUUAACCUAUCUUUACAAUGGCAGACACUAGAGAGUAUUCGACAAAAUGUUAACAUUGCGUUUGAGAAACUGCAAUGUUUGACAUUGUCAUACAAAGGAGACACUAUCAAUGCAUUAACCCCUUAAGGACCAAACUUCUGGAAUAUAAGGGAAUCAUGACAUGUCACACAUGUCAUGGGUCCUUAAGGGGUUAAAACCACUAUAUUUUAAUACAUUGAUGGUGCUGUGAGUUGCUCUUUGUGUAUAACUUUUAACUGACACAGUGAGGUACUAUGUAUAUACCUACCUGGCGUAAAAGUUUGUCGAUCAGGUUUUCUAAUUGACAGAUUCCUUUGGUUUUUGGGGUUUUUUAACAUGAGAACGGUGUCUCUUUAAUUCUUGUCAAUAUAACUUUUCAUCAUCUAUCUUGCUGUGUUUGACUUUGUUCCACUGUACCACUACAUAUAUCACAUAAUGUUUACUACAUUAACAAUAAAGUAUACACUUGUUCUUUCCUAUGGAUAAACUACCUUUUAAGGUUUCCUUUGAACUGUAAACUGAUUUGGCAUGCACGAGAAACAGGGGACGAUGGGUCCUCCUGAAAUUUUGGUUUGCUUGUAAUUUUAGGUUUCAUUUACCUGUUGUACAUCGCUGUGGAAUAUGUUGCUAAUAUAUAAAUAAGUUAAUCAAACUGUCAAGAUUGUACAUCACGGAUCAUCUGAGAAUACCAGCGUCUCCUCAGGAAUGGAGUUUGACAAAUAACUAUUGUAUGCGGUUGCCGUAGAAACGGUCCAGAUGCCUGCCAGAGUGAAUGUUGAUUUAUGUUAUAUUAUAUUACGCCAAAGUAUCAAAUGAAUGUUACAUUCCAGUAUAGCGUGAGUCAAGAACAUUUCAGUUCAAGUCCGUUUGAACACCGUGGUGUUACCUCCUAAAGUCCGUAUAGGAUUUAAAAUGCGUGCAUUGAAUACUGUACACAAAAAAAAAUCUGUAUCACAAGUCUGCAAUUUACAUCAAUAAAUUCAGAAUUUGAAAGAAUAUUGAAUACUAUCUCCACCUCACCAUUCCACAGUGUGAGUGCAAGGUCUAUGAAUUUUUAACAUUUAUUGUUAUAAGUCAACUUUGUGCCCUUUUCUCUACUUUUUCCAUUUGUGUAUACUCUAUCUAUGAACCCUUUAAAAUAGAAAUGCUGUCAUAAAAGCAAGGCUCUGAUUGAUACGGUUACUGUAGUGUGUGAUUGGAAGUAUUAUAAUUCCAAUUGGAAUCCUGCACAGCUGCCUAGCGUAUAUGUAGGGGGAGGUGUAAAUGAAAUUCACGUCAUCAACCAAGUUAUGUAGCUUUGUGCUUAGGCAAUCAGUGAGUGAGAGAAUCAUCUUCUGUAUAGUAUGUAUUUCCUUAUUUCUCUAAACCAAUGACUAAUGAAUCCGAAAUUAGCAAUAAGUGGUAUUAAGUUUUUAGCUGCAUCACGUUGGCAAAUGGUCUUCACCAUGCAGUGUGACGGAAGUAUUGUGGAAACCCAUUGAAGAACGGUAGAAGUGAUAUAGUAUGGGUUAUCCGUUCAUGACUUUUCAGAAUCCUAGAUUAAACGUUUGUCCAAAAUACCAUAAUGAGCAACGCCGUCACAAAUGUAACAACCUCCCUUUAUGGGAGACCUCUCCAACAAGGGUUCAUUGUGUUGGUGGACGUCAGAAAAAAUCAGUAAAGAAGUUGUAGGUAAUUUCUCGAGACUUGCCAUUGAGGGAUCUUAGAAAGGAAGAUCUUGAACCACGGUGGUGAGGUGUAGGCAAUGUUCUGCACUCCAUUUUGUGUACUAAAUCUCUGAUGCUCUUGUAGCCCUAAUGCUGGCAAAACAUCAGGGGGAGAUGUAGUCUACAACAUCUGGAGUACUGUUGCCCACUCCUAACCGAGACUUAAUUUUAUUUUCUAAAUUUGGUGUUCUCUCAUUUUUAAUUUUUUUUUCUUUCUGAAUUCAUCCUUUUACAAUUAUAUAUUUCUUCUCAAUAUCCUCAUUUUGUUUAUCUGCAUUAUCACAGUUUUUUAUUUUCUUACAUAAUCUCAUUCUUGCUUGAACUCUGAAGUAACAUACUUUUUUUUUCUUUGUAAUAAUUGUGAAAUACACAGAUAUUAGGGCUAGAACCAAGCAGCCAUUGUAAUGCCAAUAACCGUUUAGUCAUUAGUCUGAAUUUGUUUUUGGUCUAAUCUUCGAUGAUUUCAUUAGUUGGCUGAUAGAUUUGGGCAGUCUCCUCUUCAGGGGCUGGUUUGACCUUUCUGUUUUUAUUUUUAUUUAAUUUUGACUUCUGUAUAGAUGAGCUUAUUCCAAUGGUGGUGAACCUUUCUGAGCACAGGUGGAUAAUUUUCUGCAAGAAAAAUAAAAUAAAGAAAAAUGACCAGUUUCACAGUUUUUAGGUCGUAUUUAUUUCUUCAUUUUUUUUUUAUUCCAGUUUUCUGUAUACUGUUUUUUUUUUUUUUAUCUUUGCCAUUUUUUUUCUUCUAUGAAAACUGUAAUCCUAUUCGAUUACCAAAAAUUAGAUUACAUGUAAUUUAGCCUUGUUGUGUAAUCAAUACAUAUUAUGUUGUUAUUCUGUUAAUUAUGUUUUAUUGUAUCUCUUGGUUUACUGUUUGUAUUGAGCGUAGGGAAGGGGAGAGGCCUAGUUAGUCCUCUUUGGUCAGAAUUCUCAGUCAAUAAGCCAAUGCGCAAUUUGGAGACUAUAACCUGUCUUGUAGUGCAUUUUUGAAAUACCCAUUGAUUGUAUGUGAGGUCACACUAGAGGGACAUGGUGCAUUGAGAAAGGGUUGUACCUGAAACGUUUGUUUAUUAUUCUGUCCUCAAAUAAAUUUUGGUAGCACUUUGUUUGUGCACAUAGGAACAUUUUGCGCAGCCUAUAUUUGUUUGAUUUGUGAUGUCACACUAGCUCUGGACUCCUUGGUUUUUGGUCAGGGAAGCUGUCCUUCUAACCAAAGAUGACUUACAAAUGGCUGCCUUCGUAGAACAAGACUAAACCACAAGAUACCCUGAAAAUACAUAUUUACUUAAACUAAUGCAUUGUGGAAUUGUACAUACAGAAGCUACAUGUAAUUUUAUUUUAAGCAAUAAAAAAAAAUUAAAAUUGUCAGUUUUCCUUUAUGCGUCCCCGUUUGUAUUUGUGCUCCUUCAAUUCCUGCCUCACAAACCUCCAUCUUUAUCCAGUGGCCCCUUCUUCUUUGCGCUGACUACCUUUGAUCGGUUUUUGCUUGUUUCCACACUCUCAUUUUUUUCCUACUCUGUCCAGCUUCCAUAUCCGUUUCUAGCCCUCUGCCAUUACCAAGUAUUCACCCUACCCUUCAAUGGCUGUUCUUUUCCUUGUGUGCCUGUUAGUUCUCUCUGUCCCAUCUACUCGUUUUAGAAAAGUUCUUCCAUAUUGUUGAAUUCCAUUUCAGCUUCCAUUCAUUCUUGUUAACUAUUGGCCGUUUUAUCUCUGCUUGAUAAACGUAACAUUGUAUCUAGAAGGUUUCUCAGAACUUAAUACUUCAUGCUUCUUUGCAACUACAGUGGUCCAAGUGAGUUGAGACCGUAGCAGGUUGUCCUGAAACAUCUACCAGCAGUUACACAGUAAUCGUGCAUUUAUCAUGGCAAUCUUGCAUGCAAAGACUAAGCCAGAAUCCAGUGCCAUUGUUGGCUAUUAAGAAUCAUCAUUGGAAAUUCUCAUGUCCCAGAUGUCCUCAUGUUUCCUUAUAUAUUCCCACAGUAUGCAUACUCAAAAAAAAGCUGUUUACAAAUGCCCGUGGCAUAUAUACGUUAAAAUUCUGCUUCCCAAAGAAUAUGAAAUUGAAGAUUAUAUUAGCUUUAGUGUACUAAUAAUCUUAAUUUUAGUAAUGACAGGAGGCGAAUAUUUGCAUAUCUUUCUUUACUGAAAACUCCAGCAGCAUAGAAACAUAACAACCAAUCAGAAAAAGUUAUGAUGCCCAUAAAAGGCCCUGUCUAUGACAUCACUUCCUCUUUCUUUGAAGCGAAACAAUAAAUAACAACAAGAGACAUAAUCAUAUUACGUCAACAGUUCAACAACAUAUUAGAAUAUCCAACUCCAUUAGUUCUGCGAUGCAGAGGUAUGGAAGGUGAAUCUUUGUCUCGAUGAGAAGACGUUCACGCUGCAAGAAAAAGAAAAAGGUGAAAGGUAUCUGGCGUGAUAACUUGUCCGCAUACAAUAAGCAUUAAGCAUCUGAUAUACCAACGAACAUUAGAAUGUGAAACAUAUCAAUAUAUAUUUAUUCUAACGCAAUGAUAUUUAAGAAUCUAUAAACACAACAUAAUGCAAGGUUCAUGUCUAAUAUUCAGCCAAUACAAGACCCACAAGAUACAGGUCUAAGUAGCAAACAUACAAACCAUACAUACUUACCUUCCUGAACAUAAAGGACAUAUUCUGUUCAACAAGAGAAACAUGGGAGGGAUCCUAUAGGGUGGGAAAUAUUCGCCUCCUGUCAUUACUAAAAUUAAGAUUAUUAGUACACUAAAGCUAAUAUAAUCUUCAAUUUUACCACAUGACAGGAGGCUUCAUAUUUGCAUUUUUAAAGCUUUGAAUUGACCAAUGUGAAGGAAGCAUGAGAUGUUUGCCGAAAAUAGAACGUUCUAAACGUACUCUCUCGCGCUCAGUCCGUGCAGCGUGUAAUGUCGGCUAGGGAAGCGUCGGCCGAAAAGCUUUGUGAGGCCGCCGCUCCCCUGACCGAGUGGGCUCCGAAACAAGGUUCGACGCUAAAGACAAAAACCAGCGGACCCAUCUGGCCAGUGUUGCGGUAGACACCGGUCCAUGAGGGUUCACGUAAGAAGUCAGAAGGUGAUCCGUCGAAUGAGUUCGAAGGGGGUAGAGAUAUUGGUGUACCCCAUUAGCGUUCUGACCACGCAUAGUGUGGCGUCUGACACAAAGCAUGGGUAUGACACUGAAGACGAAUCAGACUUAGUUCGUCUCGACAUGGUAAAGGUAACCCCGUCUGGUGUGAGAGAGAAACCAUCCAUAUCGCAAGCCCUAACGUCCGCCACCGUCUAAAUGAGGCGAGGCAUAAUAAGAGGGCUAGUUUGGCUGAAAGUUGCUUCAGUGACAAACAAGGAUUGUCCGGCCAUUCCCUAAAGAAUCUCAGCACCACAUCCACCUGCCAGAGGCGUGAAUAUUUGAGGGAUCGAUAUGACCGACCCAACGAGACCAGGUGUGACAGAUAGUUGAGGAUCAGUGGGACAGGUGCGGUAAAGGGAUCGGAAUCCCUUUCCACACACCAAUCACUCCAGGCCGACCAGGCAGAAAUAUAGCCUUUCCUGGUGCCGGGAGCCUAUGAGUCCCAUAGGAGGUCUUAGUUGAUGCAAUAGGUCAUGAACUGACCAGGAGCCCCUGAAGCCGUCCAGGCAACUAGUGCCAGUUGUCCUUCCAUGACAAGGGAGUGGGCUUCCCCUCGAGGUCCCGUCAGAAGUAGAGGGAAGGUAGGGAGUAGUAGAGGGUCUUCGCGAGACAUCUCCAGGCGAUCCGGGAAAUCACGGUUGGCCCUGCCCGAGGGGUGUCAUGAGCAGGAGCGAUAUCUUGUGGGUGUGUGUGUGUAUCGAAGCACCCUUGCUAUUGUGGAGAACGGCUGGGUCGCGUUUGCAGGGGUUCAUCCAUCGCCCCGUAUCCGAAGGAAGAGUCAAAGAUCGUUUUGCCAAUCCAAGUUUGUAUGUGAAGUAAUCACCAUCGAAAUUCCAUCCUCACUUCCGCUGACAGUGGGAUCCAGUGGUCGUAUGAGUGACCGGUGCAUACGUAUCUCACCAUCAGUCAUAGUGGGCCAGGGAAUAACGCUUGUAUGGAGGAGGAGAGGAGGAGAGGAAUCCCACAAUCCAACAGCUAUCCUUAUAGAGGCGCUCUUUGCCGUAGACGGACGCGGAACGUAGUUCUCCAAGCCGAUGUCGAAACCGAGGAACUGGCUCGAUUCAGAUGAAGAAGCGAUCUUUGUCUGUGUACAACAAAAAACCCAUGGAGUCCCGAAAGUGAACGACAAAUUUGUCUGCAAACGUAGCCUGGAUUCGUAAAGAAUCAGCAAGUCUUCCAGGUAUACGAGGCAUCGCACGCCCAAAUUUACGGAUGUGUGCCCUCACUGGUUACAGUAGGUUCGCGAGCACCACGGAGUCGUAAACUGCCGUGUUUGUCCUCACCAUUGGAAUCGGAGGAAAACUUCGGCAGUCCAGGGCAACGGGUACUGACAAGCGUGCGUCCUUGAGGUCCAGAUGUGUAAACCAGUCGUUAUCGCCUAGGAGGUCUUGUAGAAGACGAAUUUCCUCCAUCUUGCAGCAUUUGUAUACCAUGUAGGAGUUCCAUUGAUGUAGUCUCCUGGCUUCUUCUUGACCAGGAAAAAUUUGCUGGGGAAGCCUUCCCCUCCGGUGCAUGUUGAAUUGCGCCCCUCCUGAAGAGGGUGCAGAUUUUCUUGUCCACGAGGCGUUCCUGUUCCGCCAGCGUGCGUAAUGGAGGUGAAGGGGUGACCUGCACGGCUGUGAUAAAACUCUAUGACAUAGCCUUGUACUGUCUGGAGAACCCAGGUGACUUUGGUAGUCAUCUCCCAAUUCUGUAAAACAGAGACAGGUUGCCGGUCAUAAUAUUGGAAACAGUUAGUUAUGUAGGUUGACACACUAGUAGAUGAAGCGGAUGGGUUCCUUUGUGUAGUAGAUGGGAGAAAUAUGAGGACUGUGUAUACGAUCUGGAACCUGUCGCCCAGAAGCGGCUGGUGGCUCGGUUCAGCUACCGACCAGUCCUCCCAGAAACACCUUUCCCCGUAGGGUUGUGGAAGACUUGUUUUAGCGAGGUCUGGGUUUAAUUUAGUGUGGUGAAUAAAUUCACGUGUUUCUUGAGUACUGCAAUGAACACUACGUCGAAUAGUAGGCCUUGUGCUUUUGGGCCAAAUUCUUGUCGUUCCUAAGUCCAAUAGUGUGUUGUCGAUGCGGCCCAGUACAGAUUUGCGUCUGUCGGCGCAUAGUGCGUCAUUUACGUUGCCCAGGAGGCAUAUCGAGCAUUGAGACCAUUCUUUGGAGGUGGUAGGGUUGAGUUGUGUACCCUGGGGUAACUCGGUCUUGAGGCGUGCGCAUCCUUCCAUCCCCCGAGGGUUGCGCAGCCAAUAGUGUUCGUCCAGGAACGUUCCGUCUUCGGCUACUCUGGUUUAGUGCCGCUACAGUUAUCUCUGCCUCAGCCGCCGUCACAGAGUAAGGUUUCCCUAACGUACUUCGAGGAAGUGUGGGGAAGGUCUUGCCGUUCCAUUUCCUCAGACGGUGAGCUGUCUUCGUGUCGCUCAUCUACCAUGUCCAAAGUACGUGGUGGGUAAUAGUCUUCUUUGUCGGAAGAUUGUGGCGGACGGGGUUUGGAUUCCCGGUGCUCCGCCUAUUUGGUCUGUUCGAUGGGCGUCUUGCCCUUGACCUUAGUGGCAGGGGGGCUGGAGCCCUUCCCUUGCCGUUUUGACUUGAAGGCUUGUGGGCCUGAGGUCUCCAUCAAGCGGUGUGGGUAGAGUUCAUAACAGAACCUUCUCCACUGAGGCCGUUACUGUGGCGUUUAUCAUUGCCUAGAAAUCUUGGGAACGUUGAGAGUGUCCACCAUGACUCGUUCCCGUCCUGUUGGGAGAUAGUGUGAGGGUCAGCACGUAGGGUUGUUAGACUUCUGGUAGAACUGGGGAUCACCCAGGUAAACCGGUUUGAAUUGCCUGCUUUAGUAUGUAUGAAUACUCGUGCCAAGUGUAGAGGGGUCACCUCUAUUAGUUUAAUCUGGCUACUGAGAGCCGUGGUGCAGGCGCGACUGACUGGUAGUGGUGUCGGUCUGGCUAGCCGGGUUCACCACAAAUGUACGCCAGAGCUGUAUGCACGGUUUUUAACUAUACAGGCUUAUUAUAUAGGCGCAUGGGGCCUGUCUCCAUAAGGUCUGCAGCCGCAGGACCCAUGUCUAUUAGGCUGGGUGCAUCCCAGGUGGUGUGCCAUGGUAACCCAGAGGACACCCAUAUUAUAAUUAUUGGCACCUUACAAGCAUUGCAUGCAUAUCUGGGGGUCAUCCCAGGUGGUGUGCCAUGAAAAAUUACCCAGAGGACACCCACGUUCAAUAUGUACACUAGGCACAGUAAAUAUACAUAUAUGUAUCCCUGUGAAGGGUACACCGCAAUACACUCAGUUUUCUUAGUGAUCCUGCCGUCAAAUCGCAUCCGGCAUGGUACUGUUGCUUUAAUGUAAAACUGACAGGCAGUGUUUAACCCCUUAAGGACACAUGACAUGUGUGACAUGUCAUGAUUCCCUUUUAUUCCAAAAGUUUGGUCCUUAAGGGGUUAAACAUCCAUAUAUGUCUGUAGUAAUCAGUGGUAAAGUUGAGGCGUAGGCCUCCGUGCAUAUGAUCGGGGUUCACCCCGGGUGGUGUGCCAUGGUAACCCAGAGGACACCCACAUCAAAGGUAAUGGUCUGUCAGUGACCUUGCAUGCAUAUCUGGGGGGUCACCCCAGGUGGUGUGCCAUGAAAAAAUACCCAGAGGACACCCACAUAAAUUUGCACCGUCAGGUACAGUAAUAUAAUAUGACCCUCUGUAGGGUACAAUAAUAUAAUAUAAUAUGCCCUUUGUAGGGUACAGUAACACAAUAUGCUCUUCGUAGGGUACAGUGAUAUAAUUGAUCUUGUUAUAGGUACAGUAUAUGUUUUGUAUAACGACUGUGAUAUUGUAUGGCUUCACAAUAAUACAUAGAUUGUGUGCCUGCUCAACAUAUAAUCAUCCAGCGUAAGGCACCAUGAGAGAUAUAUCCAUGAGAAUAAAAAAUAAUAAUUGUAUCAAUAAAUGAAUGUGCCCAGAGAGGGGGACCCCUGAAGGGGUUAAUCCAGAUGCAGGGCGCGGUGAUCGGGUGAUUCCUGUAGGGUAUAGUAAUAUAGUAUGACCCUGUGCAGGGUAUAGUAAUAUGGUAUGACCCUGUAUAGGGUAUAGACCCUGAGUAAGGUACAAAGACAUAAUCUCCUUUAAUGCCUGCAUGUAAGUAUUUGUUUGGCAGACACUGUUGGCACUGUGGCAAAAUACAUCGAAAGAAUACAUGGAGAAAAAACUGAAAUCCAGCUUGCACUCUCCCAUUGUUCACUUGGGAGAGCAUACACUUGUGGAGCCCGGCGGUCGGGUGAGUUCCCGAUCCGCCGAGCGAGCAGGGAAGGCGGCCGUCGGGUAUCUCGCGAGCCGCGAGAUCCAAGAUGGCCGCCGCCCACAUGUGAAGGUGCGCCGCGGAUCGCGGUCGCGCGGUGCAAAACAAAGGGGAUAAAUGCAACACAAACGCUGACCCCAGCCUCCCUCCACCCGUCCCCAUACAGUCCCCUGUGUAAGUGAAAGGGCCGGUCCGCGAGGCGAGCGCGACACGGGUAGUCGUUGCGCCCGCGGAUACCAGGCAGUAAGGUGGAAAUAAAAAGGGGGAAAAAAUAGAGGGAUACAGUGAAGGGACAGGAAUAAGGGGGGCCAAGGUAGCAGGUGUUAGCAAUAAAUAGAGUAAUAUAGAGUGGUAUGACAAUCAAAAAACUGUGUAAAUUAAGAAUCUACCAGAGAGGUAAAAUACUCUGACCUGAUGUAUGGCUGGAGCAGCAAAGAAAGAGGAAGUGAUGUCAUAGACAAGGGCCUUUUAUGGGCAUCAUAACUUUUUCUGAUUGGUUGUUAUGUUUCUAUGCUGCUGGAGUUUUCAGUAAAGAAAGAUAUGCAAAUAUGAAGCCUCCUGUCAUGUGGUAAAAUUAUAGUUGACUUGAUCUAUUUUUCUUAAUUGCAUAUAAUCUUCUCUUCACUGCACAUCGACAAAUGUCUGUCUGUCUGCUCUGUUCCUCAGCACCUGGGCUCCCUCUGUCUCCCCUGUGCAUCCUCUGGACUCACUCUGUCUCCCCUGUGCAUCCUCUGGACUCACUCUGUCUCCCCUGUGCAUCCUCUGGACUCACUCUGUCUCCCCUGUGCAUCCUCUGGACUCACUCUGUCUCCCCUGUGCAUCCUCUGGACUCACUCUGUCUCCCCUGUGCAUCCUCUGGACUCACUCUGUCUCCCCUGUGCAUCCUCUGGACUCACUCUGUCUCCCCUGUGCAUCCUCUGGACUCACUCUGUCUCCCCUGUGCAUCCUCUGGACUCACUCUGUCUCCCCUGUGCAUCCUCUGGACUCACUCUGUCUCCCCUGUGCAUCCUCUGGACUCACUCUGUCUCCCCUGUGCAUCCUCUGGACUCACUCUGUCUCCCCUGUGCAUCCUCUGGACUCACUCUGUCUCCCCUGUGCAUCCUCUGGACUCACUCUGUCUCCCCUGUGCAUCCUCUGGACUCACUCUGUCUCCCCUGUGCAUCCUCUGGACUCAUUCUGUCUCCCCUGUGCAUCCUCUGGACUCACUCUGUCUCCCCUGUGCAUCCUCUGGACUCACUCUGUCUCCCCUGUGCAUCCUCUGGACUCACUCUGUCCCCCCUGUGCAUCCUCUGGACUCACUCUGUCUCCCCUGUGCAUCCUCUGGACUCACUCUGUCCACCUGGGCUCACUUGUAUCCCCCUUUGCAUCCAUUGGGCUUCUUGUAUCCGCCCUGUGCAUCCUCUUGGUGAUCUGUCAUUUGCCUGCUCAUGCACAAACGGCCAAGAAUUUAUUCCCCAUCAUCUUGCCCACAGAUAUUGGUAGGGCUGUGGAAUUGUCCAACAUCCGAUUUUUAUUUUGUGAGCAAUUUUGUUCUAUAUCUCUGUAGCGUUCAGUUUUCUGACAGCCAGGAAUGUUUAUUUUUUUCCGGAUGGAGAGAGAAUGAAAAUGGCAAAGAUAACAGGAUCCCAGUGUGUUGUUGAAUAUUUGUGUUCUUUUGAUGUAACACACAACCGUUUUCUUUUUCAUCUUUGGCUAUCUCUUUAUAUACGCAGCUAGCUGGGAUGAUCUUUCUAGUAGAGCAGGAAUCAGCUGUCACAAUCAAGACCGUGUAAUGUGGAAUAGUGUUAAGAUUAAGUAGAGCGUCAGAAGUAUAUAACGUAACACGUCUGACCUGUUUUUUGGUUUUUUUGGGUGGGGGGAAAGAGGAAAAAGAUUAGUGGAGUCUAGAGCUAUUACAUUGGGUUAGUCAUUGCACAAUGAUGUUGUCACAUGCGAUUUAUACUUUUUUUUUGUGGUCUACAAUGAUUGUGACUUUUUUUUUUCUGACCUGCUGAGCAUUAUGGAAUAUAUAGAACACAGACAGUGGACUACUUAUGUGUAUGUGAGGGCAGCUCUCUAGUGCAACAAUUAUUUAUUUCUUUAGCACAGGCUUUCAUGAAACCAGGGAGCUAGCCCAAUUUGAGCAUCUCAUAUGCCACAUGCACAGCUUGAACAAAACUUUUAUCCGGCAGUUGGAACGAAGAAUUUCAGCUGUGUGAAUGACAGCUCUGAGGGAUGGUCUUAGUGAAACAGUGACUUAUUCUUCAAAUCACAACUGUUGCAAGCCACAACCUUUAAAUAUUGGUUGUUUGACACAUUUUAGAUAAGUGUUGAUCUAUACGUUUUCAUAGUCCUUCCAUACCAUGCAGAUUUAAAAUAUCCUAUGGAUUGUUACAGCAUUAGAAUACUAACGUGUACACCUAACGCUAUAGUGUUCUACUUGCUAGGUGGAUAAUUGCCCCCACCACUGCACAGGUUAAAGUUUUUAUAUCUCAGUGUAAUCGUCUCACCGUGAUCACCCAAUCUCCUUGGCUGAGAUGAUCAGUGCUGAUGAUCUCAGCCAAUCCAAGGCUAUCUCGGUUGAAGCAUUUGGAGGCUAAUGCGCAUGCAUUGCGAAUCACUGUAAUCUGCCAAUCAAAUGCUCUCUGUGAACAACAUUUGUGAACAACAUUUGACUGAGAACUUAGUUAGACUCUGUUCUCACAAGGGAAGCACUUUUAGUGGCUGCCGGGAAGACAUCCACUAGAGGUAUAUUUAACCCUGCAAUAGAAACAUUGCCAUUCCUUUCAAAACAGCAAUGUUAUACACUGUAGGGUUAUAAUGACAGGGGCACUGCACACAGACCAUUUUAUCUUAAUGCAGUUGUCUGGGUGCCUUAAACAACCUAAAGGGAUACCAUAGGUACCAAGACCACUUCAGCUCAUUGAAGUGGUCUGGAUGCACUGUCCCAGGUCACGUAACCCUGCAAAGGUAAUUUUUGCAGUUUUUAAGAAACUGCCAUUAUUACCUGCCAUGGUUAACUCCACCUCUAGUGGCUGUCUUCCCUACCAUACAGCCAUUAGAUAGAAGGUCUUCCGGGUCAUUGGCGCCUAACUGCACUAGACGCCCUCACACUAUGCAUGGGGACGUUCGGCGUCACCCAAACCCCAAUAGGAAAGCAUUGUAUAAUGCUUUCUUAUGGGGAAAUCCUAAUGCGAGCAUGUUCACCGCAGGUAAGGGACCACCAUAUAGUGGGGCACUAUAGGGAGCUAUAGUGCCAGGAAAAUAACUGUGUUUUUCUGGCACUAUAGUUUCCAUUAUAAGACUUCCUUGUUUUCAGACCAGAUGGUCCUCAUUUGUCUUCUGUAGAUUUUCCAGUCUUGGGAAGAUGCCUUUACUGGAGAAAUCACCAUAAAGUGAUGUUUGCCUAUACCCCAAUAUUAAAGCACACGGUUGAACAUGUACUUCGAUCCUUCAGCUUCCCCGUAAAAUGCAAGGAAAACAGGAUUUGUAUUCCUCCAGAUUUAGUUGCAUAAAUAUUAUUGGUUUCAAACUCGUGUUUGGUCUUUCUCAAGCCUAAACCCAGUUAUUGUAUAGGUUACUUCUGCAACCUCCCACCUUCGCUUCCUAAAUUUAUCAAUCACUAAAUAUAAAUAAUGGUGUUAUGCAUAAUUUUGAGAUCGGAGCACUCAAGGACCACAACUCCAAAACACAGGGAACAUUACUAGAAUUGUUUGUCCCUUGAGUAAUGAUAAUUAUACACCCUCACCCAGCCCCAUUAAUUGUGCCAGACAGCUCCUCAUCCUUACAGAUUGCCUUAGCAUUGUAAGUUGACGUGAACAUGGCAGACUCGAGAAUAGGCAAAUAUCCCCUUAAUAGAAUAAUUGCUGCGCUUAGUGGGAUGAGUUAAUUAGAUUACUGAUGCAUUGAAGCUGCCAUUCUUAAUUCCUUUCACUCUUCUUUUGUGUUUCCUCCUCCCUCAUCCCAUCCACCUUCUGCCGCGAUUUCUAUUUUGAGUGUCAUUUGAUGGUUCUUUUUGGAUGAGCAGCCUCCCUCGUUGAGUUAUGUUACUUUUGACCCUGUAGAAGUUCUGGAGAAUUCUUUUGACUGAAACUCCUUUUGGUUACUGAAACGGUCAAUUUUUAAAUCUUGACUACUGUGAUUUUUUUUUAUUGAUUUUUUUUAUUAUGAUCCAAUAAGAAUGUAAUGUGAGCUUCUUUAUUAUCCCCAUUGUCAAUGACAGGGGAUAUAAUUUACAUAUAAUGAUGGGCUGCCAGGAUUACUAAUUGGUUAUAGAACUCCUGGGUUUAGAAGCAAGGCUUUGUGCUGCAUAUAUGCUAAUUUGGGAGACUUCCUCCCCUGAAAUCUCACUCCCUAUGAACCGUUUCAAGUACUUGAUGCGGAUAUCUCUCCACAUCUGUAUUAAUGCCUGGACAAGCCGUGAAUGAGGGGAUGUUUGGUUCAGUGGUGCUAUGUUGCAUCUACUUAUUGCUGUCAUCUGAGUCUACUGGUGGCAGAAGUGGGGUAGCAAGGGUUGAUUUGGGGUUCACAAAUCUCUGAUGGAGACUCAGUCAUCUCUAGAUUCCUCAAAUUGACCUGCGUCAAAAUUCGAUUCAGUGUCAGAGGCAGGUACCAAAAAACGCAUAGGCAACUUCAACAAUGUUGCGCCGCUGCAGAGCAUCACGGCAAUUGUGCUGUGAUCUCGACUGUAGAGUAAGUUUCAAUAAAUAAUGUACUGGUACAGCACCGGACCUAUAGGACCAGCAAAUGAUGUACAAAUACUUCAAAUUUGAUCACUAAUCCUUAUUUUUUUGUGAAGCUUUGGAUAGCUAUGUUGCACUUUAAUUUAUAAAAUGUAUCUAGCCGUGUUGUGGUGUGACCUAAAUAUGAAUAUUAAUCUCUUAAUACAUAAUAAUUAAGCAAUACGGAACAACAUUAAUAUUUUUAUAAUUCAUGGUAUUAUAGUCGAAUAUGUGGAUAGAAAAUACACAAAACGUUGUAAUAUUAAAUGUAUAUUUAAUAUAACUAUAAUAAAUAAACAGAUGCUAGCGGAAUGUCAAUUUCAAUAAUUAUACAAUACAAUACUACACAAAACACUAUUGGUUGCUAAGGCUAUUACAGUUGCUAACUGUUACAAUACAAACAUAUUACUUACAAGGCCCCAGCCAAAGGGCUGGGGCUAAGUCAGAGCUGGUGCUACAUGAUCAGUCAGGUACAGGCAAACCGAGAGAGCUUGCUUCUCCUAACAUCUGUGUUUUAUUCAGUGUAAGUAGGCUGGCCUGUGAUGUCACUGCCAGAAGCACAGGUCUUCCUACACACUCCCCCUAGUGGUGCCCCCAAAGCAUUACACUAAAUAUGCUUUACUGACAUCUAGUGGUGCGUCUAAAGCAUUAAGCUCAUUAUGCUUUUUUUUUUUAUGACAAAAAGUCAUUAAUUAAUAAAUACCAUUACAAACCACCCUUUGACUUAUGUCAUAAAACAAACAUUAUAAACCCGUACAUCUUGAAUCUACCCUAUUUUAACAGUACCUGCCCUACAACAAAACCCACCUUUUGAAGAAUGAUACCCAUUUACCCGUAAAGUUAUGACACUUUAUUGCUUAUUCAAUUUUUUUAUUUUUUUUCAUUGAGCACAUGCAUCACCAGUUGGGAAACCUUGGCCUAAAAUAAGCACUUACCCACCCUUAUAAUAACCACUGAGCACAUGCAUUAGCAGUUGGGAAACCUUGGCCUUAAAUAGGCAAAUACCCACCCUUGUAAUAAUAGACAACUCAAACCAUGUUUUAUUAGAUUAAUCAAUGAUAUUGUGUUCAUGUGAGGAUGUGUUUUGGAGCUUAAUAUAGUAUUAGACACCACAAACUCAUAACACCUAUGAAUCAUGGCACAGACCGACUCGAUUUCUGUAGCCUCUGGUUGGUCUGUGUGCCUGGAAUUUUCACAAACAUUAGUCCUGGAAACUGGAUACUCUAUUCUUCGACAGUCUCAUAGAACAUACGCAUGGAGACAGGGAUGAAUGAAACAGUUCAUGUGAUCAAGGACUUUUGUGUGUUUGUGGUCACAUUGUUUUUUUUUUUUUCUUUCUUUAUACCAUUAACCACCUUGACGUAACAGUGUCCUGCUCCUGAUGCAUUUGUUCCGACUCUCACCACUCUUAGCUGCAAUAUUUUUUCUCCUUACAGCAACAGUUGAGCAUAGUGUCCAGUGCUUCUUCUUCUGCUUAAAAUAUCCUUGCUUGAAAGUUCUUGAAUGAAAACACAGGCAAUGACGAACACAAACAUAAAUAAUAACUGUGCCAAUCAUCACAAGUACCAUUUGACUGUGGUGUCUUAACCAUAUUUUUUCCUAUGGCGUUUGGAUAAAUACCUACACACCUCUCUUCACAUCCAGCACACUCCUGAUUCACAGAUAAACACAAUAUCACUGCUGUAUCUACCAAUUUAACCCAAACACUAGUUAUUACUGCUGCAUUUACCAAUUUAAUCUAAACAUUAACCAAAACAAUUACAUUCCUAUUUACCACCCUUCUAUUUAAACAUGUAUAGAUAACCCAAAAUGCCUACUUUCUCUUCUCCCUCUUAUUUUUUUUUUUUUUGUUUUGUUUUUUGAACUGCAACCACUCAUGCACUUUACACAGACACAAAUCAAGCACCUACUGGACAAUGGGGUUCCCUUGUUAGAGCCCUCCCACCCCAGUUUGGUUUACACAAAAAUACCCCCUGGUCCCUAUGGGUCAAUCCCCCCCUUUCCCAGGCAAGCAUACAUACAUACAACAAUAAUAAUACAUAAGGGUUUCAAUUGCAAUACAAUCACUAGAAAUAAGAGAACAGUAUGCACAAAAUCAUAGCAUAGACAUGUUAAAUAGACACAAUAAAAUAAAACACAUUCAAUAGCUAAUCAUAGGUCAACAUUUAAACACUGGUCUCCAUCUGAUAUUCUAUCUGUGUUCCAAUGUCCACCCCUGGUUUCUGCUACAUCUGAAAAAGGUAAGAAAACAGAUCAGGAUUACUUUUCCUAGUCACUUAUAGCGUAUACUGCAAAAUCUUUUACUUAGCAUAUAUAUAUAAAUACAUUCCCUAAACUUUUCAUUUUAUAAACAAUUUGUUCAACAAGGUAACUUUCUUAAUUUUCUACUUGGCUCUUAAAAUAAACAAUCAGCUAAUAGCUGCUUUCUGCAUCUUCUCUGCAAUUCAGGAAACACAUUUCUAGCCAACCUAAACAUGUUUAAUAACUCUCCACCCUUUGGUUAAAUUAUAGAGGAGUGAACCACAACACCUCUUCCGCCUCUGAAAGGAUAUAGGUCAAUAUGUCUCAAAGUUCAACACUUCUGACAGCUAUGAGUGACUCCCUAUUAAUUUCUAGCCUUUCCACGGACAUGCUUGCACCUCGCGGCUAAGGGCCUGCACAACUAACCACCCUGUGAUGGCAGUGGCUUUCCGCAUGGGGGUGACCGCCCCCGCAAAAUUAUAGAGGAGCAAACAUACAGCAGCCUCUUUUCCGGCUCGAUUAAAGGUUCUGGGCCAAUAUGUCUGCAAUUUAACCAGUACACUCACGUAUCACUUAUUGUAUAUUUCCUGGUCUCUCAGGAAUUUCUAUUAAAUAGCGUAUCCCCUUCCCAGGGCAAUAUACAACAAAAACUAGUCACCAAGGGUCUCUAUGGUCAUGAUAGGCCACCCUACCACUAGUGUAAUACGCCCUUUUUUUAAAAUAUAUUUCCUGGUCUCUCAGAGAUUUUGCCUAUCCCUUUCCCAGAGCAAUAUAUAUAAACAAUUACAAAUAAGUUACAAAACGCUACUUAUAAGUAAUACAGGGUUUCAAAUAAUAAUACAGGAUAGAACUGCACAACAACUAUUGGGUAUGCUCCCCCUUAUCCGGACACGUUUAAAUACCCCCUAGCUCAGGUUCCCCACCCGCUACUGUAACUAAAAUCACAGCCCACGUUAUGGAGGUUCACCCGCUAGGCAGAUACACCCUAAUUCAAAGCAUGGAAAUAUUAAAAUCAGUUAUAGAUGGCUUCUAAAAUAAUAUAAAUCUUAAUCUGAGCCCCUACACUUACUUUGUUAAAAAUGCUAACUUGUUAAAAUAUUCAGACUAAAUAGGACAAAGGAAUUAUUUUACCAUUUUUUCAGUUCAUUUGUUACCAGUUCCUGCAUAUGUCCAGUAAUUCCUUAGUCCUGGAUAAUAAAGCUGAAAAACACUCCACAAAUUGAUUAGCUUAGGCAAUUACAUUUACAAAACAAUGCAGUUUAUUUUUUCUCAUACAGGCAAGACUACCCACCCCCAACAAGGACAAAUUCUCCCCCAGCUGUAGCUGAAAAGCAUGGUCACACAGCUGUUAAAAAGGUGGUCUCUCCUUCAUGAGUCAAAAUCAUAUAUAUUUAUACUAAUAUUCUGUGUAUACGCACACAUAAAUCUAUUAUUCACUGAAUCUGCUUUACUAAACAUAUCUUUUUCUUAACUACUAAUUUAAUACAUUUUGUCCAAAUCUCUUUUCAACUAGACAAAUCCAUGAAUACCAAACAAAUGUAAAUUAGUACACAAACAGGGUCAAAUUUAGCAAUAAAACCUGGUGAACUAGUUUAGUGAAAAGUCUUUUCCUAUGCAAAUGAAAACAAACAAUGAAACUAGGCCUCAACUCAUUCACACCAUGUGGUCAAUGGUGGAUUAAAAUCCACAUGGUCAGACAAAAAGUAAAAUAGUUUUUUGUUUUAUAUAUAAAAAUGACCAAAGGUUGGUAAAACGUAACAAGCAACACAAUAAUUCAUCACUAUGUUCUACAACAAGAGAUACCUUAAAAAACAAAUAUCUAAUCCCUAUUUGCUAUCUGCAUUCAUUCCAUUAAAACCAAAUCAUCAUUCAUUUAUUCAUUUGUAUACAGACAGACAAUUUACAGUAUGAUUUAAGCAAAAUGCAUAACAUUUAUAUUUUCCCCAAUAUUCAAGCAUAAUCCUGCCGACUACGCCAAAUGUUGUGGUGUGACCUAAAUAUGAAUAUUAAUCUCUUAAUACAUAAUAAUUAAGCAAUACGGAACAACAUUAAUAUUUUUAUAAUUCAUGGUAUUAUGGUCGAAUAUGUGGAUAGAAAAUACACAAAACGUUGUAAUAUUAAAUGUAUAUUUAAUAUAACUAUAAUAAAUAAACAGAUGCUAGCGGAAUGUCAAUUUCAAUAAUUAUACAAUACAAUACUACACAAAACACUAUUGGUUGCUAAGGCUAUUACAAUUGCUAACUGUUACAAUACAAACAUAUUACUUACAAGGCCCCAGCCAAAGGGCUGGGGCUAAGUCAGAGCUGGUGCUACAUGAUCAGUCAGGUACAGGCAAACAGAGCUUGCUUCUCCUAACAUCUGGGUUUUAUUCAGUGUAAGUAGGCUGGCCUGUGAUGUCACUGCCAGAAGCACAGGUCUUCCUACACACUCCCCCUAGUGGUGCCCCCAAAGCAUUACACUAAAUAUGCUUUACUGACAUCUAGUGGUGCGUCUAAAGCAUUAAGCUCAUUAUGCUUUUUUUUUAUGACAAAAAGUCAUUAAUUAAUAAAUACCAUUACAAGCCGCAAACCGUACGUAACUUGACAUUAUCUUCUCAAGUGAGACACUUUUGAAAGGGAGGUAGAGCUAUGACUUGGGAUUUUUGGUCCAAACAAAAAAAUAUAAAAGGAUUAUAGUCAGAACAUACGAAAGUAGACAAAAAGGCUUUGAAUGUUUUGUGUUCUACAAUUGUGGCACCUGGGAACAUAGUUAAGGUUUUUCUCUCGCACAAACAGAAGGCUUUUAAUGCUCUGUUUUCACCAAUAAAAGGUGAAUCGUUGAGAUAAGACAUUGGAGGGACUGUGGGGUGAAAACAAAAGACUUCUGACUGUAACAGGCUUUUAUUUUAUUUUUUAUAUAGAUUUUUUUCUCCUUUGAACAGUUGUUGCAUGAUGUACGGAUCAGGGUUUCAACCCCAAUAUAUUGUGUAGCAGACUUGUAAUCUAGCAGCUGUUUAAAUAGGUUGAAAACUAUGCACAGUGAAAUAAAGGAAUAGGGAUCAGCUUCUAUUUUGUCUGGUCUCUCUCUUAAAAAAUAACAGAUUAUGCUGAUGUCAGGAAAGCAUGCUCAGAGUGCUGAUAAAACUGUAUUAAAAAAACAUAUAAACAAGGGAAUUGGCUUAUAUCCCGAAUUUCUGAAAAAUAUGCUCUGAAAAUAUAUCCCGAUGUCCAGCCAUCUUUUUUUUUUAAUUCUGGGACCUUACAAACUUAAUUGCUUACUUCAAUCUGUCUUUAAAAGUGUAAUAAGUCACUCCUCCAUGUUAUUAAUCCUAUCCCUUCCAACCCCUUAUGGUGUGAAGCCAAGCAAAGUGUACGGACCAACACAACAAUUAAAAAAAAAAAAAAAAAGUGUUACAUUUUAAGAAUUUUUUAAAAUAAUUUUUUUGACAUAAGCACAUUUAUUUGCCAAUACUCGAAGACCUCUCGGCAGCCACUAAAUUAAUGAGAAAUUUAGCUGGCAGUGAUAAUCUGUGUGUGGUGAGCUAAACUACGCCUAGUGUUUGCUGCCUCUUAAAGUCGUUACAAUUGACAUAGGUAAUGAGUUAUGAACUUAAAGGGGCUUAGAAAAGGAUUUAAAAGCUAGAAGUCCCUCUAAUUUUUUCAAUGCUGCAGGCUGGCUAAAGAAAAUGGGAGUUCAACAAGACAGAUCACAAUCGUGUGUGUCUGUGUGUGUGCGUUCGUUCGUAUUAGAUGAGUGGUUUGGCACUCCAAAUUAUGGUUGUCCCUUAUAGUGAAUCUUGAAAGCAAGAAACUAGUUUAGGGAAUAUUUGUUCGUUUAUGCUUUCUCUGGCUCUUAAACGGUUUUACUUCCAAUAUCCAGGCUAGCAUUUUCUAAAGGCUUUCCUUUUAUUCCUCCUGCUAAUCUGCUGAUGUGGAGCCAUGAAAGAUUUAUAAAGUUUACGGGUGCCACCUGGAUGUGCAUUCUGAAAUAAUUAGGAUUACGUUAAAACGAUGCAAAAUGAGUUAUCUUUGGCAUUAAAUAAAGCAGCGGGGGGGAUGUAACGUCAGCAUUUUAGGAGAUGCCAUAUCGAAUUUAUAUAAAUAAAGAUGCCCAUCUGUGCUUGAUUUAAAAAUACACAGUAACAUUAGGAACCACAAGAUGCAUUUGCAACAGGGCCCAGAGCCCUAACAAACCAAGAAUACCGAACCCAUGCUAUCCUAGUUGUUUAAAGGUCAGCAGAAAAAAAAAUAAAUAUUUGCAGCAUAUAAUGAAAAGAUGUGGCAUUUUUUUUUAAAGGCACACUAUAGUCACCAGAACAACUACAGCUUAUUGUAUUUGUUCUGGUGAGUAUAGUCAGUCCCUGCCGGUAUCUUGCAGUAAGCACUAUCUUUUUCAGAAAAAGGCAGUGUUUACAUGACUGCCUAUGGACACCUCCAGUGGCCCUCCUCAGAUGGCUGCUAGAGGUUCAGUGUCUCCAAGCAGAGGGUGGAACUUUCCUCAUAGAGAUGUAAUGAUUGAAUUCAUCUCUAUGAGGAGAUGCUGAUUGGCCUGGGCCGGCAUUUGGCUUCACCUCUCAGCCCGCGUCUUUGGCUGAGAUCAUCAGAAUUGACGAUCUCAGCCAGUCCAAUGCUUUCCUGUGGGAAAGCAUUGAGAUUGGGUGAGAUCGUCACUUCUGAUGUGAUCACCCAAGGAGGCAGAUCAGGGAGAGAGCCAGUACCAGCAGACUGGAGUAAAGGUAAGAUUUUACUAUAUUGUUGGAGGGCCACAGGGGCAAGAUAUUGAUUUUUAACACUAUAGGGUCAGGAAUACAUGUUUGGCCCCUACUUUCACAGAACACUAGACACUCUGCCGUGUUCAUACAUCUUCGGCAAGUCUGAGAUAGAAGCCGAUCGUUGGGCUCCUGCUUAAUUCCCUGCACAGAACUGCCUGGUCGGAAUUCUGAUCGCAUUGGCAAUUCCUAUAUUUAGUAAUGUCAAAUGCAAUCAAAAUUCAGUCGGCCGUACCGAUUCUGUAACUUUGGUUUGGAUGAGGAAAUCACUGUUUUUCCGAACUCAUCCGAACCAAUCUACAGCACCGGAAUUGCAAAUUAAAAUUCACCGGCUAUUUGCAAGUAAAUAAUUUGUAGAACAAUUUGCCUGCUGACUGCGCUAGCAGCAAAUAAUUAGACACUCAGCGCAAGGUUUAAGUAUGUUGAAGCUGGUUAGCCAGCUUCUACAUGGAAAAAGUAAAAAAAAAAAUAAAAUAUAUAAAUCAAUUCUAUGGGGAUCCAUAAGGUUGAGGCAUGUCUACUAAGCAGUUAAACUAGCAAAUGGGCAGCCACUAGGAAAGGCUGAUGGGGGCCUGAGAAAUAACUGAGGACAUAGUUGACCCUCCAUGCCCUAUGGGGUAUACUAUACAUUACUAUACAAUAAAAUAUAGUAUUCACAUUGGUGUCUUCACUUCCUAGUUUUGUUUUUUUCCUUUAAACAUUCUAGCUUGCUGAACUGCUUUGUGUGCGAAGAGUAUGCCCUCUGUUUUUAAUUUUACAAAAAAGUUUAGAUUUUAAAAGAAAUAUGCACAUUUAUAAAUUGCGCCCCCCCUGGCUGUCAAUCAAACAACUGCUUCUGGUACUUACUGGUUUGUUAAGAUUAGUGGAGCUAAACUCAAGAGGCAGCAAUUGCUCAGAGCACCUGGCUUGCAAAGACUUCUCAUUGAGCUGCAUUGGGAAGUCUGUGAUUGGACAGUCACAGAAAGUCUGGGCAGGGUUAGAAGGGGAGGGACUUGUAAAGGCUUCAGACAAGUUAUCUGCAGCUUUAACAGGGCACAAUUUAAUGCAUGCUUUUUUAUUGGGGGUAUAUCUAACAAAUUGCUUAAAUUAAAAAGAAAGAAAAGAAAAUUGCUUCGGAGUAUUCUUUUAAUUGUAUUUCAUGUCUCCUAAAUUUUUGAUGGAACAUGAAAGGUAGAACUUGCAACAUCUUAGGUAGUUUUAGGUGUGCAGAUGUGUAUUGCAAAUGCAACUUUAUAUUUGAAGCUGAUUGAUGGUAAAUGCUGAAUCCGUUAUCAAGACAAGUGUAGUUAUGGGUUGGGAAAGGCUUGGUAUUGCUUCUAAUAACACAUGGAAUGGCACACUCUGUAAUUUUGAGUUUUAAUCCGUUGAGAACAAGAGUGUUUUGUUGCAAUUAUAUAACUUGUAUUAAUGAGUAUGAAAUUGUGAAUUUUGUCUUUAUUGCACUGUCGAAAUUUUGACGCUCCUUUUCCUAAUGCUCUCAAUUUUUAUCUAAACGCAGAGGCCUAAAGCCUCUCUUGAUUACAAUGUCUUAGAUCUAAAAUAUAACGAAUAAAUAGAGUGGGAUGAAUUACACCACCUCGGUUUUCAAACGCUGGGAAGUUUUCAGAGAAUGACGUCUGGCUGGCGGUAAUGAUUCCGUCUUUGAAGUGAUAUGAAAGGAAGGAGAUAGUAGCUGUGGAAUGAUACUUUUUACCGGUCAGAGGAAAAUUACAAUUCUGCGAUCUGGACGUUGUUAUUAAUUAGGUAGAUUGAAGUGACUUGAUUAGGGGCCUGUAAGCUUUAGAAGAUUCUAACCUCAACCAUGGGUCCGAUUCCAUCAAAAACACGGGAGUGAUAAAAUUGUUCUCUGAAAUGUGGGGAAAGUGGGUUUAGGUAGGAUUUAAUACCGCCUAGAGUAAUCCUGAAAAUGAUUAAAGGGUUACUUCAACCACCAUAACCACUUCUGCUUUUAAAAGUGGCCAUGGUGGUAGGAAUCUGUCCAUGCAGCGUUUUCUGCUUAAACAGCAGCACGUACAGAGAUUUUGGCCAAAAAAAAAAACAAACACACAAAAGUGAGAAUUGUCAGCACUUCCAAGUGAAUUCAACGGGAUUUUUAAGUAACCAAAUUGAAAACAUAGCUGACUUGGAUAUUUAUUUUUCCAACUGGGCCACUUUGGCCAAAAUGUGAAAUUACUUUGAAGUCCUGACAAUGCACACUUCAGGGAACAAUCAUGAUGUUUUGCACGAAACGGAAAGUUUGUAGCCAGUCAUAGAAUUACGAUUUGUUUUGUUUGGAUGCUGGUCUUUACCGCAGGACAGCUCUCCGUACAUUUUUGUGCUUGACAAUCAUAUGUUUCUCGGUAAUGUACGUGUGUAAACAUCUGCAUGGUACCAGAAAAUCACUUUAUAUAGGGACACUCCAGGCACCCACACAUUCGAUGCCACGGGGGAGAUAUAUCUGGAAGGAUGAUUAAUACAUAUAUUAUAAUUAUUAUAUUCUUAGAUUUCUUUUUAAAUUUUUAGUGAACCUAUUCUUCUUUUUUUUUUUUUUAAAUGUGUUUAUAGCGAGCCUUUAGUGCCCCUGGAACAAAAUGGUGAUAACAGAGGGCUUGAAGCUUGACCGUUAUCUAAAUAAUUUUAAAGUGCUGAAGUGGUUAUGGUUCCUGGAGUACCCUGGAGCCCCACGCCAUUGUAAGCAGUCAAAUCAUUUUAAACCGGUUUAACUUCUAAAUUGAGGAGCACUGGGUGCCACUCCCCAUCUCCGCAGAAACUAUUUGAUAAACUUACAAAUAGGGGGGGAGGGCGACGCAAGGGCUCUUUUGGUACCAAAACCACUACAAUGCACUUGGAGUGUUCCUUUUACAGGGAAAUCUGUAUCAUGGUAAAGGUACCAGGUGUUGCUCCGUAACCUGUAAGAAGCAGUCAUGACCACUCCACUUGGUUUGAAGAGUUUAGGAUUUCCAAAUUAUUACCAUACUUCCAAAAUGUCUCUUUGUUAUAUAAAUCCCUGUGCUGUACUGUGUACACAUAUCUUUCUUUUACACGAGUCUUAGAAUGUGCCAUUAUAUAUUAACUUUCCCCAAAUCAGUGGAGGAGGUUGAUCAUGAGCGGCUAAUCAGGCAAAUCCAUACUUGAUUGCUACCCCAUUAGGUGAACAUGUGGAAUGGUGAGAGAUCCUUUUUAAGGCAAAGACUCAACACCUUUGGUUUUUCUAGAACGGCAGAGCAUAAAAAAAAUGAAGGUUGUCAAAUUUCAGUUAAACCUGUGUAGGAAGAACUAUUAUGCGUAGGCCUAUCACUUAUUUGCUUUUGUGAAAAAAGUGGAUCUGAAGAUAUAAAAGAUUGUGGCAAGUGUUGCAGUUUCAUUGUAUACAAGAUCUGAUUGUGUGUCAGGAGCAGGGCUUGCUAUUCACAGCCCCUCACGUAUUACGGAGACAACAAGGCUGACAUAUGGAUUUAGAAUCCUUCAUUUCAAGUGAUGUCCUAAUUUAAUUGGAUCACCCUGGGGGAUUCCUGAUUGGGUGGCUGACAAGCCUUGCAGUAACAGUUACACUUAAUAUGCGUGCCUAUUUGUUUCUGCAGCCUGUUGUGUCUUGGCGGUAGACAUCUGUACACAUACGUUGUAUUUAUCUAUUAAGGUUUAUAAGUUCUUGUAUAUAUUUGCAUGCAUGUAUAGAUGUAUGGCCCUUAAACAAAACUGGGAUUUAUUUUGGAAAAUUGGGAAUUGUUGGGAUUUGUUAAAGGACCACUAUAGGCACCCAGACCACUUCAGCGUAAUGAAGUGGUCUGGGUGCCAGGUCCAUCUAGGUUUAACCCUUUCUGCUUUAAACAUAGCAGUUUCAGAGAAACUUUGAGAAAAUUUGUAUAACUUAAAAAUAAAAAAAAUAAAAAAGGUGUUCCAAAAAAAGGAAACUGCUAUGUUUAGAAAUGGGUUAAUCCAGCCGCUAGUGGCUGUCUCAUUGAGAGUCGCUAGAGGCGCUUCCGAGAAUGCUUUCCUAUGGACUGGCUGAAUGCGCGCGUGGCUCUUGCCGCGCAUUCAGCCAAUGACGGCGAAAAGGAGGAGGAGAGUUCCCCGCGCCGAGGGAGCCCGGUCGGGGAAAACAGGUAAGAUUUAACUCCUUCCACCCCCUAGAGCCUGGCGGGGCACUAUAGUGGUCCUUUAAGGGAACUGCAAAAUUUUGGUUAAAACUGGAGAGUUGAACUUUGACCUGAAAUCUGUAAUCUUAUUUCUCUGUUCAGUAAAUAAAAACCCAAAUAGUUUUUCUCUUUGUAGUGUAAAAAUUAUUGUGUAUUUUGCAUCAGGUAACCAUAGUCUUUGGAGAAAUCCAAUAACCGUUUUUAAUAUACAUGUUUAAUCUAAUAUAUACUCAGGAGAGAUAAGAGAAAUUAUUUUAAUUUGAAAAGUUAAUUUAAAAGAACACUGUAGUGUUAGGAAUACAAAACUGUAUUCCUAAAACUAGUUUCUCUGUCCCCACCCCGCGGCGGUUAAAGGUUUAAAAACCCUUUUCUCCCUUACCUUAUUGCAGGGCUGAGAUUCCUUGGCGUUGACUCUGCCUCUGUCUCCUCCGGCGUCCGCGUCGAGGGGAAACCGAGCAUUGCGCGCACAUUAGACCUUCCCAAUAGGAAAGCAUGUAAAAAAAUCUUUCCUAUGGGGGAUUUGAAGGCGCUGGAUGUCUUAAUGCAAAGUGUGAGAAUGUCCAGCAUCAUUUCAAGGAGUUAAACUCUGUGAAAUAGCAGGAAGCCACUAGAGUAGAGAGCCAGUAGUCAGUCUUAACUCUGCAAUAUAAAACCUUGCAGGACUAAGGAGGACAAGGACACUGCGCCCAGACCACUGGGUGGUGAGAUAAAGUGGUCUGGGUGCCUAUAGGGCCCCUUUAAAGCUCUGCUCAUUGCAAAAAUUUGAGAAAAAGUCUCCCCUUUUUUCUUCUUCUAAUGUAUAACUUUAAAAUAAAAAAAAUAAAAAAGGUGUUAAAAAAAAAGGGAAAAAAAACCCUGCAAAGUGACAGUUGCUUUAAUUAGCGAUCCAAUAUAAUAUGAGAUUUAUAAAGCAAGUUUGAAAUUUAUUUUGCACUAGUUUUAGAUUUUACUACAAUUAGUAGAGGGAUUGUCUUUCUUUCUGUAAUGUUCUCCAUUAAAUGCUCUUUAUAGUAUGUUCUUUGCAGAUUUGUUUUAGUAAAAACCUAAAAAUAAGCUUAUUACUUACCUUCAGCGCAGUCUCCCUUGGUGCUGGCGGCUGUUCUGCCUCAUUUCGAGCUGAUGGGCAAUCCAAAUUGGAAACCAAAACGCAUGUGCGGCGAGAGGUGUGUUUAACCAUUGUGGUUUCUAUAAAGGGCUAAGAGGACAGAGUUACUGUACACAGACUAUUUCAUUGAGAUGAAUUGCUCUGGGUAACUUUCGUCUCUAAUUUCAAUACAGUUUUUAUAUUGCACAUCAUUUUAUGCAUAACUUAUAAAUGUCUGUCUGCACUGAGUCUGGACAAGCAAGUCUCCGUUACGUCUAAAUUCAGCAGAUGGCUUCAGAUUAAGGAUUAUACGGAGUGCAGCCAGCGCUUCCUUCUGUCCAAAACAAUAUUGCCGACAAGAAAUUGGGAGUAUAUAACAUUCCUUCUCUGAAAAUGUAUCAACAAUUUAUACAAACAAAAUUAUUUUAAUCAUUUAACUUUUGUAUCAAUGCAUUAAAGUUGGUUUGGGGUAAAUACAUAGAUAUUUGUGUGCCUAUGAAAUAAUUGCAAUUCAGGAUUAUAUGAUUUUUCCUAAUACAUGGCUGAUCAUUUUUUUAGCUCAGAAUUUUAGUUUUUCCUACAUAUUUAAUGGGAUUUUAAAAAUAAAAUAAAAAAAUAUUCAAACACUAAACUAGUUAUAGGACUCAAACUCUGAAUUUGCACUUUGCACAAGAGUGUUAAGAGCUUAAAGGGACACUAUAGUGACCAAAACAACUUUAACUUAAUGAAGCAGUGUUGGUGUAUAGAGCAUGCCCCUGCUGUCUCACUGUCCAAUUCUUUCUUUAGGACAGUGGUUCCCAACCCGUGGUAUGCGUACAAUUCAAUGCCCCUGGGGGUACGCAAAAUAAAAUUGUGUGAUGGUGGCGGUGCCGGCCGCCGCACGGACUGGGAACCGCUGCCUAUCGGGAGGCCCACGCACUUUGGGCCACCCAAUAUACAUGUGCCUUCAGGGGUCCGGUCGCGCACUGCGGCGGAUUAAUAGUGCUCUGGACCUCUUUACCUGCAGCCAGAGCUGGGAGGAAGUAAAAGCUUGCAACAACUUCCUCCCAGCUCGCAUACAGAGCACACCGCGUGGGAGAGGAGGGGGCAGGGGCUGGGCAGGAGGAGUGGACCAGGAGAGCAGCUGGACGCCAACUCCCACCAGACCCAGUCAGCCAAAAGGUAGCAUUUGUGUGUGUGUGUCGGUGUAUCUGUAUAUCAGUGUAUCUGUAUACCAGUGUAUGUAUCUGUGCGUCAAUGUUUCUGUGUGUAUCUGUAUGUCAGUGUACGUGUCCGGGCAUCACUUUGUGUCAGUGUGUGUCACGGUAUGUGUGUGUAUGUGUAUCUCAGGGCUCGACAAAUCCCAGGCACCAGGUCACCAUGGUGACUAGUAAUUUUGUCCUGUGCCUGGAAUAUGUCGGAGGCGUUCCAGCCGGCCGUGGGAGAGCGGAGGCGUUCCAGCCGGCCGUGGGAGAGCGGAGGCGGGCCAGCCGGCCGUGGGAGAGCGGAGGCGGGCCAGCCGGCCGUGGGAGAGCGGAGGCGGGCCAGCCGGCCGUGGGAGAGCGGAGGCGGGCCAGCCGGCUGUGGGAGAGCGCAUGUGCAUCUUGAGGAAUGGCAGAGACGGACCAGCGGGCGCUGUGUGGAAUAGACCCGGAGGAGUUGGGGGAGUGAGCUGUCAUCUCCCUGCUUUGCUCCCUCGCGCACCCUGCAAAGAUGCCAGGAGCCGGAAUAUGACUUAAUUCCGGUCCCUGGCAUACUAAACUAAACAUUGCGCCACAAGGAGCAGAACAGGGAGAUGACAGCAGCCCUACUGGACCCCAGGGAAUGCCUAUCCACUCUACCUCUCCAAAAGGUAGGGAGGCUGGGUGGGUUUCAAUCAAAAAUAAUUUAAAAAAUUCAACUUCUGAAUGCGUGUGUCUGUCUGUGAGCUAGUGAGUCUUUGUGUUUCUGUCUCUUAGGGAGUGUCUGUUUAGGUGACCGGUCCCCCUCUGAGGUGAUUCCUUGCUGAGUGCGGUUUGAGUGAUGACCACUAGAGGUGUUACUAAACAGCAAUGUAAACACUGUCUUUUCUCUGAAAAGGCAGUGUUUACAUUAAAAAAAACACCUGAAGCGACAAGCUCUAGACACCAGAACCACUAUAUUAAGCUGCAGUGGUUCUGGUGACAGUGUCCCUUUAAUAAUUCUAUUUUUGUUGCUGAAAAUUAAGCUUUGUUAGUUAAAAAAAAAAAGACUGUCUCCUAACUUUUUAGCUGGCUCCUAGAUUACAAUCAAAUUUGUCAAGCCCUGGUGUAUUUGUAUGUGUAUCAGUGUAUUGUAUGUAUGUGUGUGUCAGGGUAUGUAUCUGUGUGUCAGUGUGUAUAUCUGUAUUUGUGUCAUGGUAUAUAUCUAUGUCUCUGUAUCUGUGUUUCAGGAUAUGUAUCUGUGUCUGUGUAUCUGCAUGUGUGUCAGGGUAUGUAUCUGUGUGUCAGUGUGUGUAUCAGGGUAUGAAUCUUUACGUGUAUAUGUGUCUGUGUAUCUGCAUGUUUGUCAGUGUGUAUCUCUCUCUGUAUCUGCAUGUGUGUCAGAGUGUGUAUCUCUGUGUCAGUGUCAGGGUAUGUAUCUGUAUAUGUGUCAGGAUAUGUGUCUUUAUUUGUGUCCGUUUAUGUAUGUGUGUCAUGGUAUGUAUCUGUGUGUAAGGGUGUGUCAAGGUAUGCAUCUAUAAGUGUGUCAGUAUGUAUGUAUGUAUGUAUAUGUCAGUGUCUGUAUCUGCAUGUUUGUGUGUCAAUGUAUCUGUGCUUCAGUGUCCGUAUCUGUAUGUCAGUGUGGAUAUCUUUGUCUGUAUGUGUGUCCGAGUAUGCAUUUGUGUGUCAGUGUGUCUGUAUCUGUGUAUCAGGAUAUGUUUCUGCAUGUGUGUCAGGGUACAUUUCUGAAUGUGUGUCACUUUAUGUAUCUAUGUGUCUGUGCAUGUGCGUCAAUGUGUGUGCCUGUCCGAAUGUCUGUAUGUCGGGGUAUGUAUCGGUGUGUCAGGUUAUGUAUAUAUGUGUCUGUGUAUCUCCAUGUCUAUCAGUAUAUGUAUCUCUGUGUCAGGGUAUGUAUCCUUGUGUGUCAGUGUAUGUAUCUAUGUGUGUGUAUCUGCACGUUUGUCAGGGUAUGUAUCUACACGGAGGAGCAGCGCGGAGGGUCUGGGGCGGAGGAGCAGCGCGGAGGGUCUGGGGCGGAGGAGCAGCGCGGAGGGUCUGGGGCGGAGGAGCAGCGUGGAGGGUCUGGGGCAGACAAAAAGAGGAGAUUGAACAGAGAAAAAUGUAUAAAUUUUAAUUAAAUGCAACUAUAUUAAUUACGACAUUUUGCUAAUGUGAGGGGGUACAAUUUAUGGAAAUAGGCUGCCAAGGGGUACUCAGGUGAAAAAAGGUUGGGAGCCACUGAUUUAGGAGUUACAUCACUUUGUUUCUGAAGGGAAGUGUGGCUAGGGCUGCAUGGAUAAAAGCGUAAUUUUACUCCUAAAUGGCAGAGAAUUGAGCAAUGAGACUUCUGAGGCAUGAUCUGUUAACACAAAAAUACUUCAUUAAGCUAAAGUUGUUUUAGUGACUAUAGUGUCCCUUUAAAACAGCCUUUUACAUUUUUGCUGAGCAAUUCCCAUUGUUGGGGAUAUUGUCUUUGAGAAUCUGCUACUGCACUCCCAACAUUGUGAGAUAUGAAUGCACAGGGGCAUGCUAAUUACAUGGUUGUGUCCCCAGUCAUGCUCUGAGCCUGGGCAUUAUGUGCAGGGACACAUUGACAGCCACCCAGGAAGUGUUUUGUAUGGGCAUAAAUGAUUUGGAAAAGCCACAGGAAUGUGCAUUUGAUGAGGGACUUUGUUUUGGAGAGAACAGAGGAAGAAAAAAAUAAAUACAUUAGGGCUGUACAUUUUGUUAUAAAUGACAAAGCGUGACUUGUGCUGAAUUGUGGAGCAUUUUGCCAAUAAAAAUGACUGGAAUAUCCAAGAAUGCAGAGAAUUAUCUUGAAUCAUACAUAUUGGCAAACUCCAUUUUCUAGUCGCCAAUAAACGGCAAAGGGCCGCCUGGGUCUUUAGUUCUGUUUAAACUAGAAAUCCCAUCAUUCUCAGCUGCCUGUAUCAUAUUUUCAGGUCAUUUGACCUGAAAGGCAGUUCUAGGCCCAGGGACGGACCAUACGAUGCUUCUAACUUGCCUGCCCUCUGCUCUUUCGAGCUGACAAUUUUGCACAGAUAGUGCAGCUUAUAAUAUGCAUGUUUGCAGCUCGGUUCGAUGCUGGAGGAUAGGAGUGUAAACAUGAGAGAUAAUGAACACCUGUUUAUAUGAGUAACAGUAACAGCCUGAGGCCAAAGCUGCUAAUCUCCUCUACAUUAAACAGUCUGGCAGAUAUUCCUGCUAGGUUCUGCACCGACACCAUUUUAUGGGCGGCUGCUACCUUUAUCAAUGCAGGAAGGGAUUAAUAGGUGCUGUGUCACCUUGGCAGCAUGUGGGUCAAAACACUGUCAGGGCUAUUUACUAAAUUCAAGUGAAUUUCAAAUUUAAGUCCAGAGUAGUCAAACUGAAAGCAUAGCUGAAUCAGAGAAUUUCUCCAGUUCGGCCAUUUUGACCUUAAUUUGAAAUUUACUUUGAAUUCUUACUUCCGUGAAUAACCCUGGGCAAAUUGUUUAUUGAAGAGUUGGGGAGGUUUCUGUGUACCCCUCUUCCUUGCUCAAAUUGAAUCGUUUGGAACACAUUUCAAGUUCUAAUGCUGCGGAACAUCUGAGAGAGACAUUUUGUUGCUGUGGAGUCCUGGGAUAUGCACACUGCCAGUUACUGUUGAGCUCUGUGAUACAUUGUAUAUUAAUGUCCGUUUUAUUCCUGCAGAGUUCCAUGACACGUUGUACAUUACUAUCAGUUUUCUAAUGCUGUCAUUCACCCUGCUUAUUGCUGUGGAACUCUGUGAUACACACACUUAGUGAGUUGCAAAAUUCAGGCUACAAUACCCAAGGCGUAACUACAGUGAUCUUGCAGAUAUUCUCCAAAUCAAACCUUGUUGCCUUGGAUUUUGCCAUGUCUUUAGUGAAUACAUUUGUUGGUUUGUGAGAGCUGUGUGUUUAUGGCUGCGGAGGUCUGUGAUUCUACCUGUACACACAGCACAUUGCAGGUUUAAUGUACCGCAGAGCUAAUUGCUGCUCCAUAAAUAAACAAUAGCCCUAAUCUAGUCUGAUGGUAAUCCCCAGGAGUAGGUCUACUAGACAAGGCCGGGAUCAUCUUACCAAAUCUGCUUAAGGAACAAAGUCAGGCUAAUUAACACAUUAUGCUUUUUACGAUGAUGUUUUUUGGACAGGUAAGAAGACUAACAGACCCGUAUCAUUCCCUCGAUCCUCUAGCAAAUUGCUACAUUCAGAUUAAAUCCCCCCCUGUAAAAAAGAACUAUUGUUAAUUCUAUAUCUGGGCUAUUGUAAACAAUUCUGCAUUAAAAAAAUAAAUACAAAUUGAUUAAUUUAUGUAUUUUAACUCUUCAACAAAAAUCAUAAUCCUUGAUACUCUCGGGGGUGGUGUUGGGUUUUUAACCACAGGGCAAAAGUGUAGUUUGCCGCCUCUUUGUGUCCCAUGUCUCCCUUCAGUCUCGUUCCUCGUCUUUUUUCCCCCCCGUUGUGUUUAGUUUAAUAAACGAAGAACUGGCUGUUUUAUAGAAGUGGCAUUUCCUAUUUAAUCCUUUGCAAGACAACAUGCUGGUCCUUUGGGGGUCUGCAGUAAUCCUCCCCUUAUUAUGGAUGGGCAAUAUUUUUGUAGGAAUAUUUUCCCUAUAUAAACGUCUUUAUCUGGUUUUUUUUAACACUUUUUUUUAAAACUUUUAUUUGGCGAUUUUAAAAAUAAAUAAAUACAUUGAAAACUUUUUUUUUUUUCUCCCAAAGUGAAGUCAACAAAUUUCUAAGUUAGAUUUGACCUAGCCUCACAUUUUAAUGUGAUGUGGUAAAGAAAAUUUGGGACUUCUUAUUUAAUAUUAUUCCCUAAACUGGAAAUUUUGGGGGAAUGCCUAGGGGAUUGCAUUUAAAAACAUGUGUUUUAAACAUAACAGAUUCGUUUAUUUUGCAUUUCCAGUAUGCGUCUUUUCCAAAAUUACAUAGACAUGGGUUACUCAUUAAAUGCCAAAUUGUGAUAAAAAGCAAAACUGCCAAAUGUAGGCUAUAAUAGCCACCCUGUGGCUGGGGUGGAACUGGAGAAUUUUUGCAAACUUGCUAAUUUGCCUAAAUUUAACCUUUUUCUUUCCAAUUCGCUACAGUUUUGGCUUUAGUGUGUAAACCCAUGGCUGGUCUGACAAUUUUGUUUUGCAUCACAGCGGGUAGAAUUGAGGAAGAAGUCCUAAAUAUGAUAUUCCGUGUAAAACACUGGUUUCAGUCAUAAACCGCAUUGCAUUGUAUUAAGACUCGAGUGGCAAUGCUGAAUGAAGGUUUUGUGUCCAAUGAACUGCUUGUUGACCCCAGGCCAUUAGUGGUGGUCUUCGUAGGAGGAGCACAGUGGAUUUGCUGUCCAUAUAAACCUCCACAUACGAUAAAUUGUAAACGUCCGUGUGAUGUGAAAAUGUCAGUGUUCCAAACACUUGCCCAAGGUUAAUAUAUAGAACCGUGUCAUGUCCUUUCCUUCCAAACGAGGUUUCAGAGAAUGUUUGGCCUGAAUUUUCAACCAGUCCUCGAUGUCAUUGUGGAGGGGGGGAAAUGUAACAACAUCCCUAUUUGUGUAAUAAUUUGACAUGACGGGCAAUUUGCUGAUCUGCCUGUCGUACUAUCUCUUAGCCCCUGUACAUGUUCAUUCAGCAUUUUCCUAGCUGUGUUACGCUCUGUUUGCAUAGUAAAUUUUGUAGCAGAGAAAUCCUGUUUUCUCGGAGGGGGUUUUUGUUUAUGCGCUUCCACAUCUUGUCUGUUCGUUGUUAAUCCUUAACAAUAACUUGGUACAUUUUUAAAGGUGAAAUUCCUCUCAUAACUUCACUGAUGCAUUAAAGAAUGUUCUCGUAGUUUUAUUCAGCUUGUCCGACUCAAAUACGAAAUCCCUGAAAGAAUGUACAAACGUUGCAUAUAGAAUUCAAGGGUGGAUGUACCGAUCAUGUAUCUUUUUUUUUUCUCACACCUACACACACCCCAAGCUAUACAGUUCUCUUAUGCUUUAAGAUCUUGUACAGGGCUGUACAAAUAUAUGAGGCUAUCAUGACAGGAUUAAUCCUUUAGGUAAAAUAAUUAAGGUUUAUUUUUGUUGGAUGCGGAGCUAAACUGGGAGUGGGUGGAACAAUAUUCCACCCCUAUGUUUGUCUGUGAAUCUGAAUUUAUAGGAAUAAAAUGAUUGAUCGUUGAUUAACCUGUGGAAGUGGGAGAGAUCAGAGAUUUUUAACACUUUCCACUGAAAGUUAUUGUCCAUCUUUCCCUUUCCUCAUUAUGAGAUGACUGAAUAAAAGGGUUAAAUUUUGUGUAUUUUCCUUGCUGGAGUAUAAGAAGGGUAAGUUAACACUGCAAUGUAGGUCAUUAAGUUUUAUAAAGUCUAUCCCAUUGCCAGGGCUUGACUGGUUAACGCAUUAGUUAUGACAGCUCUGCCAAGCAAGAUUAAGUGGAGGAGGUAUCAUCCGAAGAUUUAAGCACCGCGUUUUGUGGUGCUGCAGACAGUAAGAGAAGACGUCUGGAUUAACAGAGCUGGUGAAUGUUCUAGACUGAAAAUCUACUAUUUAAAUUGCUCAAGAAGCAGAUUUAGCUGACGACUCAUGACGGUCCUCUAGAUCAGGGGUUCCAAAUUAAUAUUUCCUCCUGUGGAACCCUCUGACAUAGUGUAUCAACAUCGUGGAACCUCCAAAUCCCCCAAAGGUGUGUGUAUCUAUGUUUGUAUGUGCCAGUGUGUGUAUGUGUCUGGCACACAGAUACACACAGAUACACACAGUGUAUAUAUGUAUCAAGGUGUUUUUCUAUGUGUCAAACUAUAUGUAUCUGUGUUUGUAUAUGCCGGUGUGUGUGUGUGUGUGUGUGUGUGUGUAUCUGAUACACACACUGGCACAUAGUGGCACAGAAAAACACACUCGGAUACACAUACACACACUCAGAUGCACACAGUGACACAUACACACAUCUUGACUCACAAAUACAUACACAUUCAGAUACACACAGUGACAUAUACACAAACCCUGGCACACAGAUACACACACUGACACACUCAGACACACAUACUCUUUGACAGACACAUAUACAGACACAUUCACUCUCAUUGACAAGCACACAUACAUUCUCACUGACAAGCACACAUACACUCUUACUGACAAACACACAUACAAUUUAUAAUAAUAAUAAAAAAUAAAAAAAAAGGCGGUAGGGCUGCUGAGUGGCUGGGGUGUGGUCCCUGGGGUCCAGUGGGGCGGCUGGCGUGUGGGCGGUGAGGGAGCAGUGCCUUUUAGUAAUGCCGGAGUGACGUCAUAUUCCGGCUACGGAAUCACUGCUGUGCGCGCGAGGGAGAUCACUGCUCCCUCGCCGCCCACGGCCAUUUUGUUUUAAGAAAUUUUGGCGGACCACCAAAUGGGAACCGCUACUCUUGAGCGAUAGUCUCUUGAGUUACAAGGUGAAUUUUAGCCAAGAAGACCUCCCAUUGUUACCAUUGUUAUAUUAUCUUAUCGUUACUGGGGUAUAUUUCAAGGGUCACUUCUUUCUGUUUUGAUCUGAUUUUCUGUCCAUUUCUAGCCCGGUGGUAAAAAACAUAAAACUUAUAGAAGCGUAUAUUUGUGAGCUCCACACCUGAUGCAUUAAGCCCAGACUUGUAACAUUAAGUAUGCUCCCACCGCAAUAUCCACACAUUGUAUAUAAUGUACACCAGAUAUAGUGAAUUAAAGUUGCACUGUCCCAAAUUAUUUGACUGGGAGUGUCCUUUCUCUCCCUGUAUUACAAGGGACUUGGGGGCAAACAAAGAAAGAGUGCUAAAAUCAGGGUUCAAGGGUGACCAUCCCCUGCAGCCAGGGCCGCCAUCAGGGGGUGACAACCAUGACGGUUGUCACGGGCCCAGCGGCCUUGGGGGGCCCAGCCGCCCGGGCCCCACGUGUAGCGGCAGAACUGCCGCCGGUGCAGUAUCUUCAGGGGCCUCGUCAGCGCUGUGGCCGUGUUAUAGCGCGACCGGGCCCCUUUAAAACCGAAAAAAAACGCAGCUGCAGCAAGUGCUCACUCCGCGCGGGAGGACCGCAAGCCAGGCAGUGAGGGAGAGCCAACCAACUACUCCCAUCAGCCCCAGCCACCCUCCUGCAAAGAAAAGGUAAGAAACAGGAGGGUGGCUGGAAAAUGAGCUGUGUGUGUGUGUGUGUGUGUGUGUGUCUGUAUGAAUGUAUGCAAAUGCCUGUAUGUAUGCAUGUAUGUAUGUGUCUUUGUCCUCAUGUAUGUUAGUAUGUGUCUGUCACUAUGUAUGCCUGUGUGUCUGUAUAUGUGUGUGUGUCUCAGUAUGUAUGCCUGUAUGCGUGUAUGUCUGUUUCAGUAUGUGUCUGUUAGUAUGUAUCUGUGUCAUUUUGUAUCAGUGUUUGUGUCUGUGUGUAUUCCUGUGGGCGGUUUUUGGAGGCGGACCCUGUGGGCGGGAUUGGAGGCGGGCCAAAAUUUCUGGUGGCGGCCUUGCCUGCAGCAUCAUUGAUUUGUGUGAUUUAAAGGAGCAGCAUGGUUUUUUAUUAGUAAAUCAGUCCUUAAAGACACAUAGAAAAGAAAACCUAAUUAUUUUUGCACUUAAAAGCUUCACAAGAAUUUACAAAUUAAGAUGUACAUUUUUGAGAAUUUAUUUGGCAAAAAAAUCUCUAGAUAAAUUUUCUAGCUCAUUUCUUUUGGCCUUAAAUUUUCAAUUCUCGUUUAACUUGCGCACAAUAUGCAUUUUAAUGAAUACAAUUGCUUGUGGGUAUUAAUUAUUUGUCAUUCUUCUGAGCACCCACCUCUAUUUAAAGUGGCCAGUGAAGGCAUUAGAACAUGGCAUUUAACCAGAUUUUUUUUUUUUUUUUUUAAAUCUCAUGAGCUCUUGAUAACUAUGUUAUUAAGUUAUCCUUCCUACAAGACCAGAGGCCUAUAAGCCUUUCUGGCAACGUGUUCUACCAUUUCUCACUCUCUCCCUGUCAAAUCCUUGUGCUUUGUUGUAUAGGAAUCCCAUUUAUCCAGUUUCAGUCUCUCCUGCAAGCCGGCGAUAUGACUGAUCUGAUUAUACAUUUCCUUGCUAAACCGAUCUGGGCGUAAAAAGGAUCUUUUCUUCAGCGAGAGAGAUGAUGUCAUCAGCCUGCAGCACCUGCUUGCUAGGAAUUGUGCCGUGUUGAACGAUAACAUAUCCUUGUGUUUUGUACACAGAACCUGCAGUAUCUGCAAUUUAAAAAAAAUAAUUAUUUAAAUGGCUCAUGUGUUCAGGACAGUCACGUUUGUUUAAACUUUUUAUAUUUUUUCUUUACCUUUAUAAUAAGAAAAACUGACAUGUCAUGAUAACAUACCACCAGACAUGUGAAAUGGACUAAGAGGGACACUUUACUUUUAGUGAGUGGGAAUGGGCCAGGGGCAGAGCUGUUGUGCCUUACUAAUAACAAUUUUAUUAACGACACGGAGGCUCAUAUUAUGCAUAACUCUUUCUUUAUUUCCUCAGCAGCAAAGAAAGAGAAAUAUAAAUAUUAUCAAAACUGAAGAAAAAACUGUAUAGGCACAACAGGUAGCCAAUCACAGGAUAUAGGAAGUAGCUAUAUAAGUCUUGUGUCUCCCACAAUCCCCCUCUUUCUUUGCUGCUUCCUCAGACAGAUAAGUGUUUCUCUGAUCUCUGGCUUGCAUUGUGAUCCCAUUUUGACUUGUCUUACAGUGUGUUUCUUUUUAUAAUUUACAUGCUGUUUUGUUUUAUUAUUAUUUGAAUUUGUUUGUGAUGUUGUUUUAAUUUUUGUUGUUUUCCUCGGCUGGUGUCUCCCCUCUGGGCCCGCGGGUGUGUCACUGCCCCGUCCGGGCGGUCCCCACCCCCCCCUCCUCUCUCCCCUCUCCUACCCGUGCUUCUGCACGGGACCCGACCUGCUGUGAGGAGAUCGCGGCCGCGGCGGUGUACACGCCUCUCUCCUCCCCCCUUAUUCCGGAUAGCGUGUCGGCUCGGCGGGCGGGUGCACGAGCCCCUUCCCCCGCCGAGUGCUUCCUGCGUGUGCCUCCCUCGUGCGGCGGCCAUUUUGGGGGCGGUCUUUUAUAUUCCUCCCAGUGCUGCCGUGCGACCGGCCACCUCGUAGCCCUGCUCCCUGGGGACACCAGCCGGACCGUUUGUCUCUGUUUUCUUGUGGGUUAAUCAACCCUCCCCUCUCUCUCCCAGCUAGCACCCUGGUGUUAUUCAGCCUGAUUAGUUUGUAGUUAGUUUCAUUAGUCCCUAUAUAAUUUUCCAUUGAAUUAAUUAUUAUUUAACUAUUUAAAAUUCUCAUUGGUCUGUCUAUUCUGUCCCCCACUGUCACUACCAUGCAGGAUAGGGGUGAUGGGCCUGUUGGUCCCCCAGGGGACUUCCAAUUGGAUAAUACUGAUGGUGCCAUGGCCUCCCAAGAGUUUCAAGCCAUGUUAGAGGCCGCUAUGGCUUCCUCCAUCUAGAAGGCUAUUGCCUCAGCCAUGGGAGCUGUCUCCUCAAAUUUUUCCCAGUCCCUGCAUUCUCUAGUUUCACCUGCCAUGGCCACCCCUGCUCUCUCCCCUGCUCAAACCGUGCCUGGAGCCCGUAAGGCAAAGGCUAAAUCCAAACAUGUUGGCUCCCACUCCUCGAUGCAGGUUUUACCUGCAAUGACUGACACGCCUGAGGCGGUCUCAGAUGGCGCGCACCCCACGCACAGAAGAGCCCCUGGCCGGGCUAAAAAGGCUAGACUAUGGAAAAGGGCUAGAGCCCAUGAUGUUGGGUCGGAUACCGACCGGAGUGUGGAGGAUGAGUCCGACGCUAUGGAGUACGACUCCUUUGAUCAUGAGGACUCUGGCGAGGAUUUGCCCCUUAGGGCGUGAACCCCUCCGGGUCCUCCGCCAAUACCCGGGGCCCCUCACUUGCUCCCCCGGGGGGUGACACCUCGAUCCUUGACCCACAGGGCAACCCCCUAUUUGACCCAGACGACCUACGUCAUCCUCGGUCCGCCGAGUGGGUUCCCCCAGAUCAUAUCGUCCAAUAUGUGGCUAAGCGUAUCCGCACGCCACUUUCUAGGGAAGGCCGCAAUAAAUUGCGCGCCGAGUGCCCACGCCCGUCCCUCCCGGGCGCGGCUUGCAAAACCCCGGACAUUGACCCGCAAAUUGCUCAAUUCCUGAAUAAGUCAGGAUGGAAGCCCAAGAAGGGCCUUGACCACUCCCUUAAAAGCUGCCAGGACAAGAUCCUGGAAACCCUGGGCCCCCUUUCCAAGCUUUACGAGCUUUUGGAUGCUGCCAGGACCGGGGACUCCAUCCUGGACGUGGAUGUGGCCAUUGGUUGGGUCCAAAGAGCUAUUUGCUUACUGGGGAACGCCAAUACGGCCAUGUCUACAGAAAGACGCAAGGCGAUCCUCCUGAAGAUCGACCCUAAAUUGGCCGCUAUGACUGUGGCGGAGCCUGAUCCAACUGAGGAGGGUCUCCUGUUUGGCACGUCCUUCGUUAAGGAUAUGGGUGCUUAUGUCAAGACCUUUACGGCUAUUGACAAGGCACAGGCGAACAUGAAGCGCGUGUUCGCGCCUAAGGUUUUCGGAGGGGCCGGGCGUAGCAGGAACCGUCCACCCGGCCGUGGUUUCCGAGGCGCAUUCCGCGCAACCAGAGGUUCCUUCUUUCCCUCGAGAGGAUUUCAGGAACAGAGGGCCCCUCCCUUCUUCCCGGCAAGAGGUCGGGCCUGGGGCUCCAGAUACCCCCGCGGUGGUACCCCCGGCAGACGUCCUUACGGUGAGUACCCUUUUUUCCCCUCACGCUCCAAUCCGGGUGGCGGGGAGGCUGGCCCUAUUUUGUCUGGAAUGGGCAAAGAUCACCUCAGAUGCUUGGGUUUUACAAUGUGUAAGGGGUUUCCGUCUGGAGUUUGUUUCCAUGCCUGUCCAGUUUUAUCCCCCCAGGGAACUGUCCCUCCCUCCGGAACAGGACGAGAUGGUUUCCACGGAAGUGGUGGAGAUGCUGUCCAAAGGCGCUAUAGAGGAGUUGCCGUUCGCCGCCCCAGGCUUUACGAGCAAUUUAUUCCUGGUGCCCAAGAAAGGGGGCGGAGUCCGCCCGGUGAUAAAUCUUCGCCCACUCAACGCUUUUCUACGCUACCAACACUUCCAGAUGGAAGGUAUACACUGCCUCAGGGACCUCCUACGUCAAUCGGACUGGUUGGCCAAACUGGACCUGAAGGACGCCUACUUUACGGUCCCCAUCGCUUUGGAGUUCCGGGAUUAUCUCCAUUUCACAUGGCAUGGGCGUCGUUGGCGCUUCACCUGCCUGCCUUUCGGUCUCUCCUCGGCACCCUGGUGCUUCACCAAGCUCAUGAAGCCCGUGGUGGCAUUCCUCCGAACCCGGGGGGUUCGUCUCAUUAUCUACCUAGACGAUAUCUUGAUUUUAUCCCAGUCACGAGAGGAUCUCCUCACACACCUGGGAUGGACGACCGACCUUCUACAGAAACUGGGAUUUCUGAUCAAUUGGAGCAAGUCGGUCCUCGUUCCUGCCCAGUCCAUAGAGUUUCUGGGUUUUCAAGUGGAUUCCAUCCGACAGUUUCUGUUCCUCCCGGAUGCCAAGGUGAAAGCCAUCCAGAAGGAGAUUUGGAGGGCCCUCCGUGUUCCGGACUUAUCGGUCAGACAACUGGCGAGAAUUAUCGGCCUCCUCGCGGCCUCUAUUCAAGCAAUCUUCCCAGGCCCGCUGCACUACCGAGCGCUUCAAUGGCUCAAGGGAUCGCAGCUUUGCUCAGGUCAUUCAUACGAAUCUCGGAUAACACUGGACGUGGAGUCCAGGGACGAGCUAUCGUGGUGGCUAGCGCACAUGGAGGCAUGGAACGGAAGAGCCAUCUUCGGUUCCGCCCCGGAUGUGGUGAUAGAGUCCGAUGCCAGCUUACACGGCUGGGGCGCUCGUUGUGGCAACGUCUCCACGGGAGGCAGAUGGUCCGACACAGAGAAGUCGUUACACAUCAACUGCUUGGAACUCCUGGCAGGUGCCUUCGCGAUCCGCAGCCUUGCUCCGGUGAGGGCGAAUUGUUGCGUUCUCCUCAAGAUGGACAACGUAUCAGCAGUUCGUUACAUAAAUCACCUAGGGGGCACGAAAUCCAAAAUGUUGGCGACUCUGGCAAAGGAUUUUUGGCAGUUCUGCCAAAAUGUCUUGGUGACGGCGGAACACAUCCCAGGACUGGACAAUUCGGGGGCGUAUUGGAAUUCCAGACACUUGCGGGAUUCCGGGGACUGGCAUCUACACGCUUCAGUGUUCCAAUGCCUGAGCAGGUUGUGGGGCCGGUUCCAGUUGGAUCUAUUCGCAUCACGCCUGAACACUCGGCUACCGAGGUUCUACAGUUGGAGGCCGGACCCGGCUGCAAUAGCGACAGAUGCCUUCCUCCAAGAAUGGCCACCGGGUCUGAUGUACGCCUUUCCCCCAUUCAACAUGAUCGCACGCACGAUCUCGAAACUGGUCCGCCACGAUUGUCGGAUGGCUUUGAUCACCCCUCUAUGGAGGUCUCGACCAUGGUUCCCUCGGCUGAUGGAACUGUCCAUAGACUACCCUCGUUUGCUUCCGGUAUUCCAAGACCUCCUUCUGGAUCCGGAUGGGAACUCUCACGACCUCAGCUGCCCCUUAUAGCGUGGUUCCUUUCAGGGGACCUUGGGUUAUCCCAGACGUUUCGCAGUCAACUCUCCGACUCCUCGAUAACGCCUGGGCCCCGGGUACACGGACAGCUUACCGACAUUCAUGGAGAUCAUGGUCUGGUUGGUGCAUGGAACGGGCAAUGGAUCCCGUAUCUGCCCCUCUACCUUUGAUUCUGGAGUUCCUCACGUUCCUAUUUGAUUCAGGCAAGGCAUACCGCACGAUCAACCUUUUCCGCUCAGCUAUCUCAGCCGGUCACGAAGGUCUGGACGGUUCUCCGGUCGGCAAGCAUCCUUUUGUCUGUCGACUUCUCAAAGGUAUUCGCCUUGCUCUUCCUCCUCGACCUCGUUUUGCUGCCUUUUGGGACGUCAACGUGAUGCUACAGUUCCUAUCGUCAUGGUACCCCAAUCUGGAGCUGACUCUCAAACAAUUGUCUGCCAAAUUGGUUAUGUUACUGUGCCUGAUUUCUUGCAGAAGAGUCUCUGACGUUCGGGCCCUGGACUGGGACGCCGUUGCAUUCACCCCAGAAGGCGUCACCUUUGACAUUUCCAGGUGGACCAAGUCUGCGUCUAAGUCACUUACAUACCCUAGGUUUUCAGACUGUCCAGCGCUCUGCCCGGUGGAUUGCAUCAAAGACUAUCUGGAUGUUACACGUCCCCUUCGCAUAACAGACCUGCACGAUCUGUUCAUAUCCUUUAAAUCACCUCACCGGCCGGUUUCGACUCCUACUCUAGCACGUUGGGUGCGCUGGCUGCUAUCCUCCGCGGGUAUAGACACCUCAGUAUUUACGCCUCAUUCUGUAAGGGGCGCGAUGGCCUCGAAAGCCUCUUCAGUCGGAUGUCGCCUAGAGGACAUUAUGCGGGCGGCGGAUUGGUCUCGGGAAUCGACCUUCCGAGCCUUCUACUUCAGACCAAUUGAGCACAUCGCAUCUCGUGUGGUGGCGCAGCUUUGAACUUGCAUAAUAUGAGCCUCCGUGUCUUUAAUAAAAUUCCCAGAUUUUACUAGUAACAUGACGUAAAGUCAUGAUUUUAUUAAAGACACGGAGGCGAGUAUUAUUCCCUCCCACCCUCCCGGAGUGCAGUUGGGAUAAGAAAUGCUUGGUGGCUCUACAGGUAUGUUUUUCCAGUUUGGUCUGUAUUCUAUCAGUUUGAUUUGCAUCUUUUGUACGGGUUGUUGUACCUUUAUGUUGUGUACUAAUUCUGAUGUUUUAUAUUUCAGAACUCUGUUUUACCUGUGUCUCCCCAAGACUAUGUUUGGUAAGUUUGCAGUUAUGAAUUAAGAAAUUACCAUAUUUCUCCAUCUUUUUUUAGCUUGAAAUUGUCGCAUCGUUUCCCGUUACCCUGUUUCGACCAAGUGGGACAUCGUUCAUCUUACCUGGUCUUCGGUUCGCAAGAAAGAGGGGGAUUGUGGGAGACACAAGACUUAUAUAGCUACUUCCUAUAUCCUGUGAUUGGCUACCUGUUGUGCCUAUACAGUUUUUUCUUCAGUUUUGAUAAUAUUUAUAUUUCUCUUUUCUUUGCUGCUGAGGAAAUAAAGAAAGAGUUAUGCAUAAUACUCGCCUCCGUGUCUUUAAUAAAAUCAUGACUUUACUACAUGUUACUAGUAAAAUCUGGGAAUUUAUGCAAUUAAACUAUAAUUUAGAACAAUGUAUCUUAUUUACACAGACUGAUUUUUAAACACAUUUAUUGUAGUUCAAAGACACAUUUACUGGGAGUACUAUUUUUGUGGAGCUCUGUUAUACACUCACACACCAAUUUGUUCUUUAUAUGCAUAUUUACAACACUAGAGACCUGAUUGUUAAGUGAUUACUCAAAAAAGAAAAAAAAAUUUUUUUUUUAUUAAAGCACUGUUUUUGGGUAUUGUGAAGGAAUACCCCAUCACUUGGUUUGGUUGUAAUCGUUUUCCCCUGUUCGUUUGUUCAUCCGAAAUUCCCCUGGUACCAAAAUCUAAUUAGAACGUGGAAUACAAAGUAUCCAGUGCGAAACCCCAACAGAAACUAUUAAAAGGCUCCCCUCGGUGGCCGUCAUUUUGUGCACAGAAUGCACAUGGUCGACAGAAUGGAUGGCGGCCAUCUUGUCUCCCGAACGCAGACAGCGGUACCUGGUUGCUGAGUGCCCGGAACUUUUUUUGACUAGGCACUCCCGCGCACACCCGUGAAUAUGGAACUGCUGCCCGUUAAAAUUCCAGACCACCUAUAUGAAUGGCGCUCGGGAGAUACAAACUACCGAAUGGGGGGAGCAUUCGACACCUAAAAACGUUUGCAUAGUAUGUAUGGUUUUUGUAAAAAAAACACCUCGAACUGAGACCGGCCGUUGCCACGAUUUCCCUGGAACUGCUCUGGGCUUCUACCUCGUGGACGGCCGGUCAAAAUUGUACCUCAAUGGAAAAUCCAAACCACCAAACCGAUCUGAGUGCUUUUUGGAAAUGAUAGGCACUCAGAUCAGGGCUAUCCGGGGAUGUGACUCUCGAAGGGUUUCCAUGGAUUUUGGGGGUACCUUUGGGGUGUUUAAUUUUUUUUUAAUAUUUUUCUUUACCUGUGAGAUAACUGAGUUGUAAUUUGCCUGACUCAAUUAUCUCUUAGGCACAGGGGAGAAGUUUACUGUAUGUAUAAAUUCAGAGUGCUUGCCUGCAUUAAACAAAUCUACUCCCAGCAUUCCGUCUCUACUAAUGUGUGGGGGAGAAAGGCAAUACCAGCAAUAUUUACUUUAAUGAGUGCUGGAGCUGCGGUAUUUUGGGAAAGGGAAUCUGUGGCGGCGAUAUACUGGCGUUGUGUUAAUUAAGCAUGAUGUUCCUUGUGGUUGUAAGAUCUUUACGUAUGGUAUCGUUAGGUGGUAUUGGCAUAAAGGGAGGCGGUUUUUCAAAGUUGUAAAACGCAAAUACGCUAAACCAAUGCAUCUUACUUAGACCUAAUUGAUUCUCCUUAUACUUUGCUGAGUUGACUACCCUCUCUUCAAAACCAAUUUGUCAGGGAAACUCAAGUGCACGAGAGUUCCUGUUCAGUUUUGGUUCCAGGCUCCCUUGAUAAAGGUCUCUUUUUUGCUGAAACGUUGGGGGCUUUGCUGAUUGAUUUUUCUUCCCUCUUCUCCCUAGUUCUGGUAUGCAUUUGCUUUUCUUAUAUAGAUUUAUUGGUGGGUUGUUAUGGUUUGGUAUCUCUAUUACUUAUUUAUACAUUGGUAUUAAAGGACCACUCUAGGCACCCAGACCACUUCAGCUUAAAGAAGUGGUCUGGGUGCCAGGUCCCUCUAGGAUUAACCCUUUUUUUUAAAUAAACAUAGCAGUUUCAGAGAAACUACUAUGUUUACAAAUGGGUUAAUCCUUCCUCCAAUUCCUCUAGCGCCUGACAGCCACUAGAGGCGCUUGCGUGAUUCUCACUGUGAAAAUCACAGUGAGAGCAUGCAAGCAUCCAUAGGAAAGCAUUGUAAAUGCUUUCCUAUGCGACCGGCUGAAUGCGCGCGCAUUCAGCCGAAUGGGAGGAACGGAGGAGGAGAGCUCCCCGCCCAGCGCUGGAAAAAGGUACGUUUUUACCCCUUUCCUCUCCCCAGAGCCGGGCGGGAGGAGGACCCUGAGGGUGGGGGCACCCUCAGGGCACUAUAGUGCCAGGAAAACGAGUAUGUUUUCCUGGCACUAUAGUGGUCCUUUAAGGAAUUUGUUUACUAUAUAUUCUGCUUGGAUGUAAUUGUAGAACUUCUGGCAAUUUUUCUGUACCAUUCGAAUGUGAUUUAUGUUUUGAUUUAUUGAUAUGCAUUGUGAGAUAUCUACUUUCUGUGGACCUGUCUCAUCAAAUGUUGUUUACAUUUACGGUUGUGCUCCUUGAUUGGAUAGUAUCUGCAGUUUUAGUUCCAUUAACAUGCAUCUGGAUAAUCCCCAUUUGUAGGGUUCUAGAUACAAAACUUUUAAUUGAGUUAAUUUAUAAAUUAUUAUUUUUUCUUUUUGCAGCAACAAAGAAUUUAACUACUCUAGAUACAAUUGGUUAUAAAGACCAUGUGUUCCUAGAGGGUUAUCAGCCACACCUUCCUGACAUGGCCCAAAGAAGGCCAAAACCAUUGUCGGGGGUUGUUUUAUCUCUUGUGCAGAGGGAGUUUGCUGGCACUCUGGAUAUGGAUGACAUUUAUGGAUGCGUUCAGUCUGAUAUGGGACAGGCCUAGGUUCUCCCUGUAAUUGCAUAAAAAACUUGUUUGUUUGGAGACGAACCGAAAGGCAAGCUGUUAUGCUUCUCAGUGUUCGCAUAUCUUCUGGUUUUGCUUUAAGUAAGUGGAUUCAAAUUAUCCUCCUCUGUGAUUACACAAUGGUUACGUUUAGUAAAUAGCUCAUCUAUGAUUUUGGAAUUAAUAGGGGUUUUUUGUUUGUUUUUUGCGCAAUAAAAUCUAGUAGAUGGACUAUAAAGGUAAAUCCACAAUUCUGAUACUGUUGGAGAAUGUGACAUCAGAGAGGUAAAUGAUGAACUGCUCUAAAGCUAAAUGUUGAUAAUUGUGUGCGAAAUAUAUAAAUAUUUUAUAGUAGUAUGCACAGUAACAUUCUUUUCAUGGUAUAUGUAGUCCACAAAUCCUUGCCCUCAGCAUUUCAGAAAUUAUAAAUAACGUCCGUUUUUCCCCAGGUGUGAGCUAAACUAUUAUAUGUGCACUUAUCCGAAGGUUCCGAUACUCAUCUCAAUAAUAAAUGCAGCAGGUCCAUUCUAUGAUCUCAAGCAACAUAACACAAGAAUACAGAGCAGAGUUCUUCAGACAGGAAGUAUAGAACAGGUCUCAACAUUCCAAUUUCUACGUUUCUAGAGAGUCCUGAAAUGUACUUGUCACGGCAAGCUUGGGUAAUCCGUCUCACACUCAGCAGGGGUGAAUUUCUACUCACCAGGGCUGAAUUUUCACUCGCCCAUGGCUAGUGGGUGAGUAGAAAUUUUGAGCCCUGAAUAGGAUGUUUUGUUCCAAGCAUAAAGGGUUUCUCUGAGCAUCAUGGCCACUUUGAACGGAUUUGAACUGGUCAGGGUUCCUAGAGUGUGUAUGCGCAGAGUUUGUAACUCCACCUCCGACUGCGUCAUUGGAGCAUCAUUGGCCAGCUGGAACAAGAGUUCAUGGGCUGGCUAAUGUCACGUAUGGGCAAACUGUCCUACACAGUGUGGUGACUGGAUCUACUUGCAGCUCUGCAUCCCCAGGGUUUAAGGAACCCCAGGGGACAGACAGGUAAGAGGGUAAGCUAUUGGUAAAUGGUUUGCCCAUAAUGGUUGGGUCUGCAUGGGAGUGGACUGGCAUUAGCACACAAGGCUGACAGACCGUAUCCUGGCCAGCUGCCAGUCUACAUGUCCAUGCGGAGAGCACUGGUUCUAGCUCCCGCUGCACAGCUGCCCUGCCCCGAGAACAGUUCCCUAAUGUCUCCAGAUUCGGGAUGGCCAGGACAGUACCCCAAAAUAGGUACUGUUCCACUGAAAGCAGGACAGUUCCCUGGUGUUUCCAGAUUCGGGAUGGCCAGGACCCCAAAAUAGGGACUGUUCCACUGAAAGCAGGACAGUUGAGUGACCAAACUGUACAGUUGAGCAAAAAAAAUAAUAUAAUGUAACUUAAUUAAUGCAUUGCAUCAAACAUGCUUGAAAUGCUCCUAUAUACCAGCUUUGCUUUUAUGUAAAAGUAAAAAUGUCAAACAUGAGAAUUUUACAAGGAAGAUGAAGAUUGUGUUGAACUGAACAGGGGAAGGAUUUGUCCUGAUCAAUAGUCCUGUUAAAACAAGACCACAUUGUUCUUUCUGUCCUCUUUCUACCUGCUGGAAAAAGCAAGGCAACAUAUCGACAUAUCAAUAUUCAUUGUGUUGAUGUCUGUAAACAUAGUGAAUACUUAAUGUAACGGGAAAUGAAGAAAGGUUGUGUUUAUAUUCAUCUUUAUAGUAUUAAAGUUGAGUGAUGGUCUGGAAUUAUUUACAGCUUAAAGAGAUAUACUCCAUUAAAGAGACACACUCAGAUGGUAAGUGGAGGUGCUUCCUGGGGCAGUGCUGCACAGUAAGCAGCACUGCCGUUCAGUAUCUCCAUGCAGCAGAAUUUUCCUCAUAGAGAUGUAUUGAUUCAAUGCAUCUCUAUGAGGAGGUGCGGAUUGACCACGGGAAAAUAUCUAACUAAAGGUCCUCUGUCCAUCAAAUUGAAUUUUCUUGGCUAGAAGGAUUACACGAAUUAGUACGACCAGGAAGGGCAAAAUCACAAAGCUAUCUCUGUAUGUUAUGGCCUCAAACAUAACCUGUUAAUUUCUGUCUCCUAAAAGUGUAACUGGAUAGUUGUGGUUUGUGCCACAUAGCAAUCGUUCUCGGGCUUUAUCCACUAAAUGGUUACAGCGAGUUGCAAAUUUUAGGCAAAAAAUGGAAGUAGAGAAAUUUGAUGAAUAAUUUGAUCUUCAAUUUGUCAAUUUACUGUUUAGUGAAUAAUCCCUUUGAGUUAUCCGUCUCUCCUUCCCCACAAUCAUAAUAACUGGCACUAGGAUUUCUUACUGGCCCACAUACAGUAGCUUGUGUAUUAUUAGAGGGCUGGUAGAAAUACAUUUUGAACUAUUGAUAGAAUUAUGGAAGCCAUAAAUCUUCUUGCAAAGUUUGUUAUUGUUAAUGGCAUUUAAAAGGACACCAUGGACACCUGGGUAAUGCAUAUGGGUAUUUAAUUUCAUGGCUAAAACAAUUAACAUGGGUUAAAACUCAUGGUCAAAUGUGUCCUCGAAAAACACACACACUAAAAAUCUCCCCUUUUUUUUUUUUUUUUUAACUUUGGCUGGCAAUUCUGAUCAGACAUUUGUUCCCCACUUACCUCUACCAUGUUAGUUUUCUGAUCUGAUUCUCCCAUAGAAAGCGACAAGUGACCAGAGCGAUUGGCUGAAUAAUUCUGAGAAUCUGAGGACGUGAUCUGAUUCCAGGGGAAUUGGGGGGUGUGGGGCAUUGGGAGAAUCACUUGUCUAUGACCGUUUUACUUGAAGGUACAUUUUAUUUCCAGCUCUAAUAAGCAGUGUCUAAAGGGGCUUAUUCACUAAAGCGUGCAUUGUUUUAAACGGACUAUCAAAAUGUUAACUAAAAUAUUUUCCAGGUGAGCAUCACUUCCGUUUCAGCUGUUUUGACCCACAUUCUGUUGCUCGUUCGUCAUAAAUUAUAAUGUAGUAAAUAACACCAGAAAGGUUAAAAAGAACCUUUAAAAUUGAGGCAUGAAACCUUAAUUAAUCUCUCCCAGGAAUGUUUGCACUUGGAAAACUGAGAACUAAAUUAGCCUGGAAACCUGUAUGGUGUUUAAAUGCAGGUUUGCAGGAAUAAAUCUUCACUUUUCCCCAGGGAUGUGGCAAAUGUCAGUUGUUAUGAAGAACAGCAGGUCUCCCCCUUGCUGUCUGUUUGGUUCUUCAACCCAGAGGGAAAUCCUGUGUGUUACUUGGCUGGUUCAAGAUAAACCUGCUGUCCAGCCAUGCUUGUUAUUGUUAGGGAAAGAACCUCGCAAAGUAUUUCCCUUGUGUGUUCGCAGAGCUCUGGAAAAUGGACGACAGAAUCUCAACUGGGCAGGUAGAUUCUACGUAGUUAAUUUUAUAGACUCUUGCAGAGAGAGAGUAGCAAUUCAAAGUUAAAGAACAGGCAAAAUGCGGUUCAAUCCAAUCCUUUUCUAAUAAUAAUAAUAUCUAUAUAGAUUUUUUAUUUUCAGUUCUGAGACUUGGGUGUUUAUAGCUAAAUUGGAACUAUAGAGAAGGACGUCUGUUUUUCCGGAUCUGAUGUUUCAGCCUGAAUUUGCAAUUUUCUUGUCCAUUGUCUGCGAUUCUCGGCUUUGGUAAUAAAUUAUUUUAUGGAAUUUAGUUGUAGUUGAAAUUGAGCGUUGUGUUCCCCUAGUGGAAGGCGGUUGAAAAUUGUGAAUCUGAUGCCGCACAGGUCUCUCCUGUUUGUUCCCAGGCAGACCAUUUAGAGAGAGAGAGAGAGAGCGCGCACCGGGAUGUGAUGUUUUGCUGUCUGCUAAAAAUUUUUAUUCCUAAUGCUAUAGUGUUCACAUAUCAGUGCAGGUGUCCCCAACAUUAUGCAGCGGUUUAAAGGGAAAAUUUUAGUUACAGUACAUUCUGCGGUGCACUGGUCUCCGUGCUGCUGAUUCACUUACCAGUCUCCAUGAUCUCUGCCAAUCCAAUGUUUCCCCAAUUGUGAGGUCAGUACACAUGUGCAAUGCCAAUCAAGUCCUCUCCAUGCAAUUCAUAUGAGCUAUAACCACAUUUAUAGCUGCGAAAGCCCGUCUGUAGAGGCAUGUUAACCGUGCAGUGAAAACAUUACUUCCAGUUGCAGGGUAAACAGACAGAGACAAGGUAACCAGACCACUUCUUUGAGAUUAAAGGAUCACUAUAGUGUCAGGAAAACAAUGUGGUUUUCUUGACACUAUAGUGCCGUGAGGGUGCCCCCACCCUCCGGGUCCCUCUCCCGUGGCGCUGAAGGGGUUAGAACCUCUUCAGCAGCUUACCUUAAUCCAGCGCCAGGCUCCCUCGGCGCUGGUGACCUCUACCCCCUGCCGACGUCCGCUCCCUCUGCUGACGUCAGCGGAGCCGAAUGCGCAUGCAUGGCAAGUGCCACGCGCGCAUUCAAGCUAUCAAAAGGAAAGCAUUUUUCAAUGCAUUCCUAUGGACGCUCUACGUGAUGGAGGCAUAAUAUGCCAACAGCGUCGCAAACACGCCUCUAGUGGCUGUCCAGAGGCUGGCUUAACCCUGCAAUGUAAACAUAGCAGUUUCUCUGAAACUGCUAUGUUUGCAUCUGCAGGGUUAAAACCUGAGGGACCUGGCACCCAGACCACUUCAUUGAGCUGAAGUGGUCUGGGUGACUAUAGUGUCCCUUUAAGUUGUCUAGGUGCCUAUAGAGCCUAUAUAUAUAAUCUUUUUAACUGACAUUUAUAGUGCCGACUUGCUGCAGCGCUGUACAAUUUGGGGACAUAAACCGUACAAUACACACAAACAUAACCGUGAGCUGAAGCCCUUUUAUACAAAGUGCCUAGUUAUAUAGCCCGUGAGUUUACAAUAUAAGCAUCAUGGAUCAAUAUUUAUACCUGUAGUUGGCAGAUUUAUGUGUGCAUGCUUUCAGUCAUUGAGGUUGCUAUUUAGAAGGAGACUAGUGUUCUUCCGGUAAAUAUAUAUUCUUUUCAAUCUAUUUGCUACUGAUUUCUCAAUUUUAAUCUGAUUAAUUCAGUUUAAAUCUGAUUAAUUCAGUUUUAAUCUGUCUGAAAUGGACAGUGUUGUUGUAUGCAUGUUUUGUCUGUUUAAAGUCACUGUCAUUUCUUUAUUUUUGUGACGGGUGGAUUUGAAUUUCUGGCAUUGGUGUCCCUGUAAGACCUAAAAUGUACUGCUCUGGAUUUUUACAUGCUUGUUACAAUCCUCGCUGUUUUCAAAAGCAGAGAACUGCUCUAGAUCACAUUUCGCUGAGCGUAAUCUCAUUUAUUCUGUAUCGAGUUGUAUAAACUUUGUUGCAGCCCAGUGUUCAAAGAACAGCAAAGGUCCGUCAUGGGAUUGAAAUCACUCUCUUAAAAUAUCUACUGGGAUCACAGCACAAACAUGCGGACCUAUGCUGCAAAUCUGAGGCUCUGUUGAGUGCUUUAUAAUGCCAAUAAAUAAAAGAUAUAAUUUACAAUAUUGCGGUCUUCCAUUUUUCUGUUAUGUUGACAACCGGCCUGCAGAUCUGAGGCCAAAAUAACAAGUAAGACUAGAAAUUAGAUGGUAAUAAAUAGGGAUCGACAGAUAUUGUUUUUUUAGAGCCGAUACCGAUAAUCUGUGAACUUUCAGGCCGAUAGCCGAUAACUUGCCGAUAUUCUGUAUAUUUACCAUUUAAAAAAAAAAUACAAACUAUUUCUAAAGGUAAAUGCACAAAAUAUACAUGCCACAUGUAGUGGGUGCAGUGUGUUUAGACAGGGGAGCUGUGUGUGUGUAGUGGGUGCAGUGUGUUUGUGCAGUGUGUAUAGUGAAUGCAGGGUGUGUUUGUGCAGUGUGUAUAGUGAAUGCAGGGUGUGUUUGUGCAGUGUGUAUAGUGAAUGCAGGGUGUGUUUGUGCAGUGUGUAUAGUGAAUGCAGGGUGUGUUUGUGUAGUGUGGAUAUAUAGUGAAUGCAGAGUGUUUGUGUAGUGUGUGUAAAGUGAAUGCAGUGUGUGUGUAGUGUGUAUGUUUAGUGUGUGUAUGCUUAGUGUGUGUGUUUGUGUAGUGUGUGUGUUUCUGAAGGGAUGGAAGUUGUGUAAAAUGGGGGGGAAUUUUUUAUUUUUAUUUUAUUUUUAAUAGUUACCGUGUUUCUCCGAAAAUAAGACCGGGUCUUAUAUUAAUUUUAGUCACAAAAAACACACUAGGGCUUAUUUUCAGGGUAGGGCUUAUUUAUUUACGGUACCGGUAUGUACAUUGAACAACAUUUAAAUAACAUUUAAACAAUUUUUCUCCACCCCCCUUUAAUUAAUCCAGCUCACCCUUUAAUUAAUUCACCCCCCCCCCCUUUAAUUAAUUCAGUCCCAGACAUAAAAUAUCUACUCACAUUUCAAAGAUUCCUUGUCCGCCGAGUCCGACCACUGGGUGCCUCACCGCCCGGAAAUGUAUCCUUCCGCUGAAGAUCCGUGAUGGCAGACUGACGGCGCUGCGAAAGGUCGUCAUCACGUUGCGUGAUGCCGUGGCCCGCAACGCUCCUCCCCCUCCUCAUACGGUAGAAGAAGGAAGUCGCGCGGGGCCGCAAAGGUGCAAUGCCUAGGUCUUAUUUUCGGGGUAGGGCUUAUAUUGCAGCCCACCCCGAUAAUCCGGCUAGGGCUUAUUUUCGGGGUAGGGUGUAUUUUCGGGAAACAGGGGUAUAUGUGUGUUUUGGUGUUUUUUUGGUCACCCCUCCCUGCUUGUUACCUGGCUGGAGGGGGGGUGGGGGGCUGGCUAUGGCAUUCCCUGGUGGUCCAGUGGCAUUGGCUGUGCAGUGGGGGGUGGGGGGGGCGGUAGCAAGCUGUUACUUACCUUGCCAGCAGCUCCCUGUCUAAAUCUCGCGACCUGUGUGCUGCGUGGAGCUUUGCCAUGGUAACCUGUGGCAACGCUCUGCGGCCGCGGGACUCGUGAGAUUUGACAUGGGAGCUGAAGGGAGCUGCUGGGAAGGUAAGUACCAGCUUGCUGCCGGCCCCCCAAGGACCGCCGGGCUUGUAAUGGGCCCGGGGGUCCUGGUAUGUAAUAUCGGUAUCUCUAUUGGCCGAUACCGAUAUUGCCGAAAAUACCGAAUAUCUGCCGAUAAUAUCGGUAAAACUGAUAAUCGGUCGAUCCCUAAGGAAUCGAAGGAGGCGGACCGGUGGCGGAGCCAAGCACCCCCCUGGCCAAUCAGCAUCUCCUUAUAGAGAUGCAUUGGAUCAAUGCAUUUCUAUGAGGAAAGUUCAGUGUCUCCAUGUGGAGAGGGUAGAGACACUGAAUUGCAGUCACACUGUGCAGCACUGCCCCAGGAAGCACCUUUAGCAGCCAUCUGAGAAUUGGCCAGUGGAGUGAUCUCUAGGCUGUAAUGUAAACAUUGCAUUUUCACUGAAAAUACAGUGUUUACAGCAAAAAGCCUGAAUGAUUCUACUCACCAGAACAAAUUCAAUAAGCUGUAGUUGUUCUGGUGACUAUAGUGUCCCUUUAAGCUUUCAUUUUAUGAAAUAGGUUUGUGUGAUUGUUCACUGUGUGUUGUAUGCUUUUAUUUGGGAUCCAGCCAUCUGCCCACUCACUUCCCUUGGUUUAAAGGUUGAACUGUGUGAGAAUAGGUCGUACUAAACCGUAAAAUGGGCUAAGGUUGCAAAGAGUACCUCCCCUGCUGGCAGAUCUGUGCACUGCCUGGAACGUUGCAGUCUGACAAACCUGGCAACUUUAGGGCGAAUCUGGACAGUUCUAGGCUUGUUUUGAGUCAGAGGUCAGUGUUUAUACUUUGACAACAAAAUACCAUGUUAUCAGACUAAGAAUUGCUUUUAGGCACCCUGACAUGUAUACAGUAUUUGUUCCGUGAUACAAUGAUGACCAACCCGUAACUAUCCGCUUGUUGGAAAUCUCCCACAAUGCAAUGCCAGUGAUAUUGCAAAAUUAAGUGGGGGCAAAACACACCAUAAGUAGAAAUAUCAUAAAUUUAUUUUUAAAAAAAAUCAUCCCCCUGGGACUGAGAUGAAUUUACCUGCCCCCUCCCCCCCCUAUCCAUAGGUUGGGAAUGUAAUUUAUGCAUGCAUAAAACUUGUUCAGACAUGCUGUCUUUGGACUCAGACUGGUAACAGAUCCAGCUCCAGGGAGAGAGAGUCUCUCUUCUCUCUGUCUCUCUCUUCCCCUUUCCCUCUCUCUUCCCCUUUCCCUCUCUCUUCCCCUCUCCCUCUCUCCCUCUCUCUUCCCCUCUCCCUCUCUCUUCCCCUCUCCCUCUCUCUUCCCCUCUCCUUCUUCCUGCAGUUACUGAUGCUUUGUCCUGAUGGAUUACAUGCAUGUGCAGUGUAAUUGCUUGAUUUCCCGGAAUGCACACACUCUCUCAAACAUAAAUAAAAAUCAGAUGUUUGUUUGUUUGGGCCUAGAAAGACAGAACUCUUACAUUGCUUCAUCUGAAAUCUAAAUACAUGAUUCUUCGCCAAUACACCACUUCAAGUCUGAACACUAUAGUCACCACUGCAGCUUAAAGGAUCACUAUAGGGUCAGGAACACAAACUUGUAUUCCUGACCCUAUAGCGUUAACACCACCAUCUAUCCCCCCUGGGCCUCUCAUGCCUCCGUAAAUAUAGUAAAAAUCUUACUGUAUUCAAGCCUGAAGCUGUAAAUCUGCAUGCUGUUUGCCUAAAAAAUAAAAAAAACAAGCAGUCUGCUGACAUCAUCAGAACUGGUGGCCUGGUCCAAUCACAGUGCUUCCCCAUAGAAUUGGCUGAGACUGGCAAAGAGGCAGAUCAGGAGCAGAGCCAGCAUGAUUCAAACACAGCCCUGGCCAAUCAGCAUCUCCUCAUAGAGAUGAAUUGGAUCAAUGAAUCUCUAUAAGGAAAGUUCAGUGUCUGCAUGCAGAGGGAGGAGACACUGAAUGUUUGGAUGCAUUUUAGGCAGUCAAUGAAGUUAUCGCUAGGCUGUAAUGUAAACACUGCAUUUUCUCUGAAAAGACAGUGUUUACAGCAAAAAGCCUGAAGGUAAUGAUUCUACUCACCAGAACAAAUUCAAUAAGCUGUAGUUGUUCUGGUGACUAUAGUGUCCCUUUAAUGUAGUGAUUCUGGUGUCUAUAGCCUAUCCCUGCAGGCUGAGCAUUGUAAACACUGCCUUUUGAGAGAAAAGACAAUGUUUUCAUUGCUGCCUAGUAAAACCUCUAGUGGAAGAUGACCCUCAGCGACUCCAUACUCUCCAUAGAUAUGCAUUUAUUCAAUGCAUCUCUGUGGAGGUGCUGAUUGGUGCAGCGAAGAAUUUUGCAGCCUCCCAAUAUUUUCCUAUGAGAAAGCAUGGGAUUGUCUGAGAACAUAAUAGAUUGAUUAUGUCAGCCAUGGAGGUGGAUUCAGGUGGGGUCAGCCACGGCGAGACCGCUGUGGGGAAAAAGGUAAUCCAAGAUGCCUUUAUACGGUGAUCGAAGUGGAGCUGGGGACCCUAAAUAGUGUAAAACAAUUGUUUCAGGAAUACAUUGUUUCUUUAACUCAUUUGUGAUGUGUCCACAGUCAGUAACCGGAAACCCAUUAUUUAUUAUUUAGAUCUGAUUGUUGGUCAGUACAUGAAAAGAGCUGACCUGUGUGGUGAAUAGUGGAAUUAUUUACAGGGCCAUUCAAUAAAGUAAGAAUUCAAAGUGAAUUGUAAGUUUAAGGUUUAAAAAAAAAAAAAAAAAAGCCAAACUGGAAGAAAAGCUGACUUGCUACUUUCACCCAAAAUGUAAAAUUCACAUUAAAGGAUCACUAUACUACCGCUUAGUUUUCCUGACAGUAUAGUGCCCUGAGGGUGCCCCUACCCUCAGGGUCCCCCUCCUGUGGCGAUGAAGUGGCUUACCUUAUUCCAGCGCCGGACUUCCUCGGCUCUGGUGACCUCUCUUCCUCCGCCGACGUCAGCGGAGCCGAAUGCAUUCAAGCUGUCAAUAGGAAAGCAUUUUUCAAUGCUUUCCUAAUGACACUCUGCGUGAUGGAGGCAUAAUCUGCCUCCAGCGUUGCAGAUGCGCCUCUAGUGGCUGUCCAGAGGCUGGCUUAACACUGCAAUGUAAACAUAGCAGUGUCUCUGAAACUGCUAUGUUUGCAUCUGCAGGGUUAAAACCUGAGGGACCUGGCACCCAGACCACUUCAUUGAGCUGAAGUGGUCUGGGUGACUAUAAUGUCCCUUUAAAUUAUUCAAUGCUUUUCUAUGGGGAAAAUAUGAUGCUGGAGGUCCUCAUGCAUUGCGUGAGGACGUCCAGCGUCAGAUAACGGACCAAAAGUCUGUUUCAAUUCCGGUAGUCCCUCUAGUGGCUGUCUGGUAGACAGCCACUGGAGGCGGAGUUAACCCUUAGAGGUAAUUUAUUUACCACUGCAGGGUUAAGGGCGAUGGGAGUUUGCACCCAGACCACUUCAGUGAGCUGAAGUGAUCUGGGUGCCUAUAGUGUCCCUUUAAAGUCUGUAUAAAAUGUUACUCUGACUUGUUUGUUACAUUCCCAAGCUGAGAUAUAAAGUUUUUAGUUAGAAACCUAAUAUGCUAACCCGAUUCACCUUCACUCUUAGGCUGUUAAAGGCAAUAUGAUGCAUGAAUGAAAAUGUUACCACAUUUUGUUUUUCUACUGCUUUUUAAACUUUCCUUUUUUUUUUUUAAAGUUAAACUACAUUUAUAACAAGAGCAUAAACGAGAAAUAGUUGUAAAAAAAACCAUUAACAUAAUAUGUGAUGCAUUCGGACGUUAUGGUUGAGACCUUUUGGCUAUGGAGUUCUGUGUUUUGAAUCUUUGUUGACUGUAGUGACAUAAGCAGAGUCUCUCAACACUAUGUCACUGUGUAAUACAAACUGAUUCACGCUGUGACACAUCGCAGAACCUGUACGACAGCAUUGCAUAGGGAUUUAGUGACAAACUUUGUGUAGCCUGUGUGGGGGCUUGUGCUGUGACUGUGUAGUCCAUCAGGAAGAGGGGACACUCGUGUCUCGGGAACAUGUGUGGAGUUUUGUCGAGGUGCUUCGGUGGGUACAAGGAGGCAAUAGUAAUUUUUCCCUAAAAUUCAGCAGCUUCAGGUCCCUUCCCUCCUUGCAGUAGGAUGGAUGCCGUUGGAUGUGCUUAUAGCUGAACAGGUGAGGAGCAUAUAGCAUGGUGUGGAGUGACAUGUAAUCCACUUAUUACGCGGCAUAGUUUUCUAUACUUGGAUCACUUGCUGAUAAACGUUGGCUCUUGAGUACGAAGAGUUUCAAACCGUUAACAGGUAACACCUUUUGUGUGCAGGCUUAACGGUGACGGUGAAAGCAUGUGUACACAAAAUUGUAGUCCAUACUUUGAUCUGCCUGCCAGCAGAUUAUAUUGAGUCCGGACUUUGAGCCUACAUCUGUUGUUGUUGUUAUUUUGGAUCUACGGCACAGCGUCUGACAUUUAAACGCCGGAAUGGAUUUAAUUCUCAGUAUCAUGCAGGUUUGGUCUGAUUACAUCAUCUCAUGCAAAGUACUCUGCUAUUUAAUGAACAUGCCAUAUUUUAUUAAUAUGGUGGAAAAUGAGUGUUGACCUACCUUUUUGUGAUGUUUGUUCGUUAUAAUUUAAAGCGGUUACCUUUGGUCCAUAUUUCUGUUUUAUGUGAUGUUUGUUUACGAUACCGUGUCUCUCUGUUCUUAAGUUUAAAUUAAAUAAAUAUAUUUUGUAAAAUCAUCUGUAUAAGGUAACCAAUUCAAACAAUCCUAGCAAGCAUUUCUUUUUGUGAGAUGUGGAUGUUAUUCCCAAACGGUGCUGUAGUGACUUGAGACUGACUUGGAAAAUUAAAAUCCUUUUUUCCCUAAACGUUCGUAAAAGGCUAUAAGUCACCAUAUAUUGGUGGUUAUUUGAACAUUUUUACAUCAGUCCGCUUUAAUUUGUAGUGACUUUUGUCAAUUGCAUGAAGUGCACUUAUACUUCUGGGUAGCUGAUGAGAUGCCUGUAAACUACAUUUCCCAUGAUGCCUUGCCCUACGAAUUCAUGGGUAAGAAAGAAUGAAAAAAAAAAAUGUGGCUGAAAGCAAGCUGUAGUUUGCAAAGAAUUUGCAUUAAAUGGGUCCCAUUGUUUUCCUGACAAAAUUAUUCAAAACAGGUGUAGGGAGGGGGUCGGAAUCACAGAAAAUCAACAUUUCUCUUUCUUUUUUGUGUCCUGUAGGAUUUGUGCUGUGUAUGGAAGGAACUUGCAGACUCUCAGACAAUACCCCAGUCACCUUGA